UUCCAAAAUCUGAGCAACCUGAGUGAAGGUGACAUUGCUCACUUUGAAGCAUCUUUAACGCCUGUUGGUGACCAAACCAUGGUAGUAGAAUGGUUCUACAAAGGAGAGGUGCUCAAAGCCAGUCAUCGUACCAGAACUGUCCAUGCUUUUGGUAUGGUGGUGUUAGAGAUUCUAGGUACCAAGAUUGAAGAUUCUGGCACAUACACCUGCCGAGCCACAAACAAGUGGGGCAGGUCUGAGAUUAGCGUUGAACUGGAGUGUGUUGAAAAGCUAAAGGGACAGAAACCACAAUUUACAUCACACAUCCAGAGUUUGGAAGGCUUGAAAGAUGGAGACUCUGUUCACUUCGAGUGUACACUGAUCCCAGUUGGAGAUCCAAACCUCAAAGUGGAGUGGUUCCACAAUGGCCAACCCAUAAGACACUCAUCACGCAUGAAAUCUGUGUCAGACUUUGGCUUUGUAGUGAUGGAUAUUUCAUAUAUUCAGAGUCAUGACUCCGGAGAGUAUGUUUGCAGAGCUAGUAACAGAUAUGGUGAGGACUUCACCCGAGCAACUAUCAAGUGUGUUGGUAAGGGAGGAGUAUAUCUAGACAGUCUUCAGCCUGAUUCCCUUGCUAGGAUUCGAGAGCUGGAAGUUGGACAGGGAGGACAACCUCAGGCUCCCACCACACCAGUUUUGGAACCACCGAAGUUCAUCACCCAGAUCUCUAAUGUAACUCAGCUGGUGGAAGGACAGAGUGCACACUUUGAAGCCAGACUUACACCUGUCAAUGACCCUAACUUAACGGUUGAAUGGUUCUACAAUGGCAAGAAACUUCCUCAUGGCCAUCGCUACCGAACAUUCCAUGACUUUGGCAUUGUGAUUUUGGACAUUCUGUAUUGCUAUGAGGAGAACUCUGGUGAAUAUGAAUGUCGUGCUGUCAACAAAGUUGGUCAAGACUCAACGAAAGCAACACUAAAGUGUGUCUCAAAAGCAAAUCUCAUCUUGGAGUCCCAGUUACCAAGGGGCAUGGAAGGAGGUCUUGAAAAGAUUCAGAACCUGGAAGAUUCGCUAAUCCGUACUCGGGAUGAGAGGUCCACAGAGAGCCGAGUCCAAGCUCCUGUUUUCACUGUGCCAUUGUCUAAUAUUGACAGCUUACGGGAAGGAGAGAACGCUCACUUUGAAGCCAGACUUACACCAACAGAUGAUCCAAAACUAAAGGUGGAGUGGUUCUGGAAUGGAAGACCACUGAAAACGGGCUCCCGUUUCCGCACCUUCUGUGACUUUGGCUUUGUCAUCCUUGAGAUCUCUCCAGUGUACCCUGAGGAUUCAGGGGAAUAUUCAUGCCGAGCCUUCAACGAGUAUGGACAGGCUGUCACAACAGCAAGCAUGAAAGUUCAAGGUAAGAGGAGCAUAAUAUUGGAGUCACAACUGCCAAAAGGUAUGGAAAGGACAAUUGAGAAGAUUGCUGAGCUGGAGGGUCUGGGAGCUAUACCAGGCCAAACCUCUCCUGAGGAAGAUUCUGGAAAACCACCUGAAUUCAUUACAACACCUGUGGAUCUCACGCUGACCGAGAACUCACUGGCACAUUUUGAGUGUCAGCUGACUCCAGUGAAUGAUUCCAGCAUGCGUGUGGAGUGGUACCACAAUGGAAAGCCUCUGUCUGCAGGUUCCCGCAUCAAGACCAUCAAUGAUUUUGGAUUUGUUAUUCUAGAAGUUGCUGGCGUGUAUCAACGAGAUUCUGGUCUUUACACAUGCAAGGCUACCAAUCGUCAUGGAGAGGCUACUGUAUCGUGUAAACUACAAGUUCGAGGUCGUCAGGGUAUUAUUAUGGAGCCACAGCUGCCAAGCAACUUCCGUACUGGUACUGAGAGUAUUCAGAAACUUGAAGAAGCAUUGUACAAACGAGAUGAGAUCUUGUCAGAAGAGGAGAAACCAGAUCCACCAAGAUUCAUUGUGGAACUCAAGGACAUUGUGGAUGUGCCUGAGGGUGGUGCUAUACACUUUGAAUGCAGAGUGGAGCCAGUUGGUGAUUCUACGAUGCGUAUUGAUUGGUUCCAUAAUGGGCGUCCAUUUGCAACUGGUUCUCGUGUUCACAUGCUCAAUGAUUUUGGUUUCAUUGUGCUAGAUAUGGAUUAUACUUAUGCCCGGGACUCUGGAGAGUAUGUUUGCAGGGCAACGAACAAGUGGGGAUCAGCUACAACCAAGGCCACUCUCACAUGCACAGCUAAGCGAGAUAUUGUCUUGGACUCACAAUUGCCGCAAGGAAUGAGCGGAGAGAAACUGAAGGAACUGGAACGUGGACCAGUGAGUCAUGCUCUUCCAGAGGAAGCUCCACUUUCUCCACCCAAGUUCAUCACUCAGAUUGAAUCAGUGGGCAUUGGUGAAGGAGAACCUGUCCAUUUUGAAUGUCGUGUAGAGCCAAAAACAGACCCCAAAUUGAGGGUGGAAUGGUACCGCAAUGGCAAGCCCCUACCAACCGGACAUCGUUUCCGUACCUUGUAUGAUAUGGGCUUUGUGUCUCUUGACAUUUUAUAUACAUACCCAGAGGAUUCUGGUGAAUAUGUCUGCAGGGCUGUCAAUGAUCUGGGAGAGGACACAACAAGAGCUACCAUCUCAUGUAAACAGUUACCAACCAUCAUACUUCAGAAUCAGGUACCAAAGGGAAUGAAGAAGUCUGAGGCAUUGAUGCAGAUGGAAGCAACUAUCAAGAAGUACACUUCAGAAAUAUUUUUGACUGAGGAUGAUCUUUAUGAUAUUGAGAAGAAACAGCCACCUCGGUUUGUAACUCAAAUCCAAGAUCAGACCUCAUUAGUUGAGAUGCAGUCAACCAAAUUUGAAUGUCAAUUAGCACCUGUGGGAGAUCCAAAUAUGAAAGUUGAAUGGUUCUUCAAUGGAAAACCUCUUCCUCACAAAAACCGAUUCACACCUAUUUAUGACUUUGGAUAUGUUGCCAUGAACUUCGGUUGGGUGUAUCCCGAGGACAGUGGUGAAUAUCUUUGCCGAGCCACCAACUUGUAUGGCAUGGAUGAAACUCGUGCCAUUAUUAAAACUGCUGGCAAGCCUGGUAUCAUCUAUGAAUCACAACUUCCCAAAGGCAUGAAGAGUAUUGAAAGAAUUCGAGAGAUGGAAGCUGCAUGGCAAAUUGUUCCUGAGGAAGCUACAGAGGAAUUGAAACCAAAACAAGCUCCAGCAUUUGUUACAAAGCCAGAACCAUUCGCUGUCACAGAAGGAGAAAUGGCCCGCUUCUGCUGCCGUGUAACUGGACAUCCCAAGCCUCGAGUUAUGUGGAUUGUGAACGGGCAUACUGUGGUCAAUGGUACAAGGUACAAGUUAACAUAUGAUGGUAUGUGGCAUUUGGAUAUACCAAAGACUCGGCAGUAUGAUCAUGGAAAAGUGGAAGUGAUUGCUCGCAACUCGGCUGGAGAAGCUGUUGCUGUCACUGACCUAACAGUGAAACCUCGGCAGGAUGACUAUCGUAAUGUUCUCAAGAAUUCUCCAAGACCAUGGUAUGACUAUGAACUCACACAAUAUCAAAAAGAACGUCAGGAGACAGAGUUGGAAAGGAUAUUUGAAGAACGCAAUGCAUCAUCACAGCAAGUGGAAAUUGGUGAACAUCUAGGCAAGCAGAAAAUCAUCAAGGAGCCUGAAACAGAAUGGCAGCAGACACUGAAAAAGAAGAAGGGUGAAGAAUACUACUCAAAAUUGAAGGAGUUGGAAGAUGAGCAGGUGGUCAAGGAAACAAGGCUACGUGAAGCAUCACAUCAGUUUGCAAUUCCAGGAGAGAAAGUGAUUCACAAAUCCCUUGCUAAAGGAAUGGCUCAGAGUUAUGAGGAGAAGUUGGAUAAGCAAGAAGAAGUACUUGCAUCCCCACAGCCAAUUAUACGUACAGCAGGCAAGGCAGUAGACUCACAGUCAGUGACUGAUACUUCAGAAACAUCUAUCGAUUCACAAAAGGUGACAGGAGUUCCACCAGAACCAUCUGAGUCCGCAAUCCAUGGACGAGAGGUCCAUGUUGCUAAGCAGAAGCAGACCCAGAAAGAAGUGAAGGGAGAUUUGGAAAUUACCCGUAAGAUCACAGCAACUGAAACUACAGAAGUAGAGCACAAAGCAAGGACCCAGGAACGAGUAGUACAGGGUCAAGUGAAACCAACCAAACCACCAUUCUUCACCAAGAAGAUCCAGCCAUGCCGUGCUUUUGAGCAGUCACAAGCCCGAUUUGAGGUUGAAUUUGAUGGUGAUCCUCUACCAACAAUCAAAUGGUUCCGUGAAGACUUUCCAAUCCAAAGUUCACCUGAUCUGCAGAUCCACACCUUCAGCACAAAGUCAAUACUGAUUGUGCGUCAAGUGUUCAUGGAAGACUCAGGCGUUUUCAGUGUUGUGGCUGAAAACCGAGGAGGAUCAGCCAAAUGUAGUGCCAACCUGGUGGUGGAGGAACGUAGGCGACAUGGUAGAGGUGGUGUAAUCCCACCAAGCUUCCUCACCACAGUCCAAGACACCACUGUGGCAGUAGGACAACUUGCUAGAUUUGAUGCUCGUGUGACUGGCACAAAGCCACUUGAUGUCUAUUGGCUGAAGAAUGGGAAGAAGAUAACAUCUGACAUUCGUUACAAGACCCUUGAAGAAGAUAACACUUACACUUUGCUCAUUAUUGAGGCAUUCCCAGAGGAUUCUGGAAAAUAUGAGUGUGUUGCAAUCAACAGUGCAGGUGAAGCUCGUUGUGAUGCUCAGUGCUUGGUGCAACAGCCGUCAUCUACACCAAGCAAGGCACAGCCUUCUAAACCAAUCACACCUGGCACUGAACAGGCUCCAAGUGUUGUCGAGCCUCUCAAAGGACAAGUAAUAAGGGAAGGCCAAGCAGUUGCUUUCAGGUGCAAGAUUUCUGGCAGGCCAGUUCCAGAUAUUAAAUGGUUAAAAGGAGACAAGGUGAUAAAACCAUCAAAAUACUUCCAAAUGCAGAAAGACGGUGAUGUGUAUACCCUGCGUAUAUCUGAGGCUUUCCCAGAGGAUGAAGGAGUCUAUAAGUGCAUUGCAGCAAACCCUGCAGGAGAUGUAACCCUCUCUGCUGAUUUGCGUGUGCUUGCUCCAGACACACAAGAAGUGACACCCAGUCUGAGUCCAAUGAAUGAUGUUAUUGUAUCUGAGGGAAGCCCAGCCCAGUUUAGAACUCAGGUUUCUGGAAAACCACAGCCAACUAUUCAGUGGCUCAGGGACGGGCUUGUAAUUCCACAAUCUGCUGACUUCCAGAUGAUUCAUGAGGGCACAAAUGUUGUGCUUCUCAUUGCUACCACUUAUGAGGAAGAUUCUGGCACCUUCACCUGCCGCGCAACCAACUCUGCCGGCCAGGUGGAGACAUCUGCCCAACUUAUCGUCAAAAGACAACAAAAGUUAGUCUAUGGAACACCUGUCUCAGACCAGACAGAGGGUAGUAUGGUGAGCAAAACAAGAGGUUUUCCAAAAUCUAAGGGAGGACAAGGUCAACCUUCUGCCAUUGAUGGUGUUGGAUCAACAGAUGAUGAACUAAAUGAGAAUUUUGAUGAUAUAAUAAUCCCUAGAGGAGAUGAAACAUUACCAUGGAGGAAAAUUAGGAAAGGCAAACAAGAUACAGCUCCAUGGCGCCAUGUAUCUAGGGACAGAUCCUUGGAAGGCAAACAAACAAAGGAUGAAAGUCAUCCAGGUGCACCAAAGUCAAUCAUACCAUGGACACAGGAAGAUGUGAAGCUUAAGAGAGCACAAAGGGUAAAAAAAGAGCCCCAAAAAGAGCAUGUGGAGGAAGUUCAACUGAAACCAACGAAGAGAGACAAGAAAGAAAUUCCUAGAGAAGAAUUGGAAGAGGUGGAUCUGAAGCCCAUUAAGAAACAGUUAAGAGACCAAGGAAGACCAGAGGACACAUUGUUAAAAUCAGUUCCGAAAGAGAAACUGCAUCCUAUUGAGACUGAGCGAAUUAAAUUGAAACCUUUCGGAAAAGGAGAGACAGAGCUGCCUUUAGCAUCAGAACAAAUACCACUAAAGCAAGAGUCUAAGACAGAUGCAGUACAGAGAUCACAAGAGACAUUGCUUAAUCUGACAGAGCAAGAAGAUACUAUUAUACUAGACAAUAAAAAGAAUGUAGAUGAAAUAGGCAGAAGAACAUUGCAUGAUCAGGAAAAGAAAGAAGUUACUCCCAAAGUUGUUGAGGAAUUAACCAAACCAAUACCAUGGACUCGGGAGGCUAUCGAGCUUAAAAAGGCUCCAAGAGAAAUAAAGGAACCACAAGUAGAAAAGCUUGAAACUAUACAGUUAAAGCACACAAAAAUGGAGAAGAAAGCAAUUCCAAAAGAAGAGCUUGAACAGGUUGAUUUGAAAGCUGUAACAAAAGAAAAACAAGAUGUAGACCGGCCUGACUCUGCAAAACUAAAACCAGUAAGAAAAGAAGUGUCCAAAUUGGAGGAUUUAGAAAAACCCUUCAAAUCUGUACCAGAAUACUCAGCAGUUCGGAGGUCUGAAGAAGAUGGCACAACAUUAAUUCGGACUGAAAUAUCUAUGGAUGAAACUAGACAACUAAAAGAAGUGAAGGAGAGAGCACAUGAAAGUGUGAUGAGAAGAACAGAAGUAGAUGAAUCAAGUUUCUUACAAGUGGAUAAAACUGUUGAAGAGAAAGAGAUAAGAGAGGAUAAAACAGACUCAAGUUUCUUACAAGUGGAUAAAACUGUUGAAGAGAAAGAGAUAAGAGAGGAUAAAACACCACAUAUGAAGUCCGAGGAGGAACAAAGUCAGAAACCAGGACUACCUUGGACUCAAGAAGGUAUAAAGCUGAAAAGAACACCGCUUCAAAAGAAGGAACUUAAGAUGAAAGAAACGCUGGAGGGUGCAAAGCUAAAACCAACAAAACGUGAUCAGAAAGAGCUGCCAAAGGAAGAACUGGAACAUGUUGAUUUGCGAACUGUCAAGAAAAGACCUCAAGAGCCUGAAAAAUCUGAUGGUGAUACUUUACAUCCUGUUCAAAGUGUCUCACUGGCUCCUUCACAAGUUGAUCAGGUUUAUUUGACACCAGGUCGUCCUGGCAAGUCAAAAUCAGAAGUAACUGAAAGGAAACCUAAAGAGAGUCUAGAAACAAGAUCAGAACGAGAGGAUUUGACCUUGCAGCAAAUUCAAAGAACCAAAGUUACAACUUCACAAACACAAGAUAAAGUGAAGACAAUUGGAGAAGAAGAUUCUGGUUUCAAGGAACAGAUUACAGCACCUGGGAGAUCACUAGAGGACAAAAGUCAGAGAUUUCCAGAAACUGAAAUAGAAGAAGAACAAACCAAGCUUCCUAAACAAGCACCAUGGACCCAAGAGGUUAUAAGGUUAAAGAAAACAUCAAAACAAUUUAAGGAACAUAUAAAAGAGAAACUAGAUGAGGUACAGCUGAAGCCAACCAAACGAAAUCAGAAAGAUAUUCCAAAGGAGGAACUUCAAACUGUUGAUUUACAGCCUAUUGGAAUAAUACCACAAGAGUCCAAAAAAUCAGAGGCUGUUACCUUGCGCCCAGUUGUGAGAAGCAUUCUGGCUCCUUUGGAAGCUGCAGAAGUUCCUCAAAAACCCACUCAUCCUGACAAGAUGAAGCCUGAGAAGUCAGGAGCAGUUGAUAGGAAAUCUGAAGAAACUUCAAUAAUGAGGAAAGAGGAAGAAGAUAUAACUUCACUACAGAUUAAAAGAACUCAAGAUACAACUUUAGAAACAAAAGACAGAUUACAGAAAACAAUGGAAGAAAACUCGAGUUUGCUGAUUAUUGAGGAAACAACCAAAGAACAAAUGACAGCACCUUGGAGAUCACAAGAGGACACAACCCAGAAAUUGUCAAAAACAGAGAUCAAGGAGCAGACCAAACUUCCUAAACAGGUACCAUGGACUCAGGAAGUUGUUGCAUUGAAGAAAGCACCAAGAGAAAAGAAAGAACCCCAACGAAAGGAAUUAGAAGAAGUGCAGUUAACACCAGUAAAAAAGCCAUUGAAAUCAGAGACAGAAGCGAUACAGAAGUUGGAUACUCUUAUACCACAGGAAGUUCAAGAAAGAACAGUUACUUCAGAGGAAUUAGUAACCGUGAAAGUGACCCAAGAUAUAGAAGAAGACCAACUAUCCAAAAUACCGUGGCAGAAAGUGGAAGAUGUUACAAUGCUCAAAAAUCGAAAACAAGAGGAAGGAGUUCAGAAAAUUGCAGCUCCUGAGAAGUUACCAGAUAUGGAUGUCCCCGAGAAGGAUAUACCACAUAAGAAACCGCAGGUGCUCUGGCAAAGAGAAGAAAGAGAACUUUUGCCCAUUCAUUUAACGGAUCAAGAAAAACCAAAACCAGAUGAACAUUUCAUGAAGUCAGAGUUGCCGUGGCACAGAAAAAGUAAGGAAGUUCCCAAAAACAAAUCACAAGAACAACAGAAAGUUAAGGAAGUAGUAUUGAAACCUGAUGAGGGUGUUCUAUCAGAAGUAGAGAAAUCAGAAUUUAAAUCUAAGCUGCCUUGGCAGAGAGAUAAGAAACCCAAAAGAGAAGAGGUAAAACCAGAGGAAGUUACUCCGAAACCAGUUCAUAAGGAUGUACCAAAAGAGAUUAAAGUAGAAGAGGAAAUAAAACUGAAACCUGUUACUAAGGACAGGCCACAAUCUCCACAGCCUGAAGAAAUUGUUUUGAAACCAAUUCCUAAGAAGGGAAAGCCAGAGAAAGAGAAGGAUGAAAUUCAGCACAAACUUUUGAAACCAGCUGCAGAUAUGCAAGCACUCCCUGAAGAAGAAAAGCCAGUUCCCUCCACGUUGACUGAAGAGAAGCCAGAAGAGGAGAAACUAUCUAAAGUUCCAUGGCGCCGAGGCAAGAAACCUGUGAAAGAAGCACCACAGCCAGAAGUGGUCACCCUUAAACCGAUGCUUAAAGAAAUACCUAAAGAUAUUGAACAGGAAGAGAAAGUGGUACUGAAGCCCAUACCAAGUGAGAGGCCACAGUCCCCAAAACUAGAAGAAGUGACAGUGAAGCCUGUUGGAAGGAAGGAAAAGCCAGUGGCAGAGAAGGAGAAAGAAAUUGUCACAUUGAAGCCUGUUCCAAGGAAGGAGAAACCAGUUGAAGAAAAGGAGGACAUCAUAUUGAAACCUGUCCCAAAGAAGGAGACACCAGGUGAGGAGAAGGAAGAGACACAUUUGAAAAAAAUUCCAAAGAAAGAGAUGCCAGUUCCUUCCAUGGUAACUGAGGAGAAACCAGAAGAUGAGAAACUACCUGAUAAACCUGAAGUUCCAUGGCGCCGAGGUAAGAAACCUGUGAAGGAAGCACCGCAGCCAGAAGUGGUCACCCUUAAACCGGUGCUUAAAGAAAUACCUAAAGAUGUUGAACAGGAUGAGAAAGUGACACUGAAGCCCAUCCCAAGUGAGAGGCCACAGUCUCCAAAACCAGAAGAAGUGAUACUGAAACCUACUGGAAAGAAGGAAGAGCCAGUGGCAGAGAAGGAGAAAGAACUUGUCACAUUGAAGCCUGUUCCAAGGAAGGAGAAACCAGUUGAAGAAAAGGAGGACAUCAUAUUGAAACCUGUCCCAAAGAAGGAGACACCAGGUGAGGAGAAGGAAGAGACACAUUUGAAAAAAAUUCCAAAGAAAGAGAUGCCAGUUCCUUCCAUGGUAACUGAGGAGAAACCAGAAGAUGGGAAACUACCCAAUAAAUCUGAAGUUCCAUGGCGCCGAGGUAAGAAACCUGUGAAGGAAGCACCGCAGCCAGAAGUGGUCACCCUUAAACCGGUGCUCAAAAAAAUACCUAAAGAUGUUGAACAGGAUGAGAAAGUGACACUGAAGCCCAUCCCAAGUGAGAGGCCACAGUCUCCAAAACAAGAAGAAGUGACACUGAAACCCACUGGAAAGAAGGAAAAACCAGCGGAAGAGAAGGAGGAAGAAGUGGUCGUAUUGAAACCUGUUCCAAGGAAAAGAAUUCCUGAAGAGAAGGAAGAGAUAAAUUUAAGACCAGUUCCAAAGAGAGAGAAACCAGAAGAACAGAAGGAAGAAAAGAGUCUUACACCUGUACCAGGGAAAGAACAGCCAAAAGAAGAGGAGGAAGAAAGUAACUUGAAACCUACGUCACUGAAAGGGAAACCAAAAGAAGAAAAAGAAGAGGCCAGGUUGAAACUAGUCCCAAAAGAAAAGAAAGCAGAAGAAGAGAAGAAAGAAAUUAUAUUAAGACCAAUUCCAAGGAGCGAGAAGCUGGAGGAAGAAGAGCAAGAAUUUAGAUUGAAACCCACCUUAAAAGAAGAUAAAUCUGCAGAACAGAUAGAAGUGCAGUUGUCAUCAGUGUCUGCGAUUGUGGAAGAAGAAAAACAAGCAGAGAAAAUGACAGAAAAAUCCGAAUUAUCUUGGCGUCGAGGCAAGAAGCCCAAAACAGAGGAAUCAAAACCAGAGGAAAUUGUUCUGAAACCAGUUCAUAAGGAUGUACCAAAAGAGAUUAAAGUAGAAGAGGAAAUAAAACUGAAACCUGUUACUAAGGACAGGCCACAAUCUCCACAGCUAGAAGAAGUUGUUUUGAAACCAAUUCCUAAGAAGGAAAAGCCAGAGAAAGAGAAGGAUGAAAUUCAACAAAAUAUUUUGAAACCAGCUGCAGAUAUGGGAGCACUCCCUGAAGAAGAAAAGCCAGUUCCCUCCACGGUGACUGAAGAGAAGCCAGAAGAGGAGAAACUAUCUAAAGUUCCAUGGCGCCGAGGCAAGAAACCUGUGAAAGAAGCACCACAGCCAGAAGUGGUCACCCUCAAACCGGUGCUCAAAGAAAUACCUAAAGAUGUUGAACAGGAUGAGAAAGUGGUACUGAAGCCCAUCCCAAGUGAGAGUCCACAGUCUCCAAAACCAGAAGAAGUUAUACUGAAACCUACUGGAAAGAAGGAAGAGCCAGUGGCAGAGAAGGAGGACAUCAUAUUAAAACCUGUUCCAAAGAAGGAGACACUAGCAGAGGCGAAGGAAGAGAUGCCAGUUCCUUCCAUGGUGACGGAAGAGAAGCCAGAAGAGGCGAAACUACAAGAUAAAUCUGAAGUUCCAUGGCGCCGAGGUAAGAAACCUGUGAAGGAAGCACCGCAGCCAGAAGUGGUCACCCUUAAACCGGUGCUCAAAGAAAUACCUAAAGAUGUUGAACAGGAAGAGAAAGUGGUACUGAAGCCCAUACCAAGUGAGAGGCCACAGUCCCCCAAACCAGAAGAAGUGACAGUGAAGCCUGUUGGAAGGAAGGAAAAGCCGGUGGCAGAGAAGGAGAAAGAAAUUUUCACAUUUAAGCCUGUUCCAAGGAAGGAGAAGCCGGUUGAAGAAAAGGAAGAUAUCAUGUUGAAACCUGCUCCAAAGAAGGAGACGCCAGCUGAGGAGAAGGAAGAGACGCAUUUGAAAGAAAUUCCGAAGGAAGAGGUGCUAGUUCCUUCCAUGGUGACCGAAGAGAGGACAGAAGAGGGGAAACUACCCGAUAAAUCUGAAGUUCCAUGGCGCCGAGGUAAGAAACCUGUGAAGGAAGCAUCGCAGCCAGAAGUGGUCACCCUUAAACCGGUGCUCAAAGAAAUACCUAAGGAUGUUGAACAGGAAGAGAAAGUGACACUGAAGCCCAUCCCAAGUGAGAGGCCACAGUCUCCAAAACCAGAAGAAGUGAUACUGAAACCUACUGGAAAGAAGGAAGAGCCAGUGGCAGAGAAGGAGAACAUCAUAUUAAAACCUGUUCCAAAGAAAGAGACACUACUAGCCGAGGCGAAGGAAGAGAUGCCAGUUCCUUCCAUGGUGACGGAAGAGAAGCCAGAAGAGACGAAACUACAAGAUAAAUCUGAAGUUCCAUGGCGCCGAGGCAAGAAACCUGUGAAGGAAGCACCGCAGCCAGAAGUGGUCACCCUUAAACCGGUGCUCAAAGAAAUACCUAAAGAUGUUGAACAGGAAGAGAAAAUGGCACUGAAGCCCAUCCCAAGUGAGAGGCCACAGUCUCCAAAACAAGAAGAAGUGAUACUGAAACCCAUUACAAGGAAAGAAGAGCCAGUUGAAGAAAAGGAGGACUUCAUAUUGAAACCUGUUCCAAGGAAGGAGACACCAGAAGAAAAGGAAGAGACAUGUUUGAAAGAAGCUCCAAAGAAAGAGAAACCUGAAGAGAAUAAGAAGGAAGAAAAGUUAAAACCAGUUCCAAAGAAAAUUAAGACAGUCGGGGAGAAACAGGAAGUAAUGUUGGAAUAUGCUCCAAGAAAAGAAAAGCCAGAAGAAGAGAAGGAAGAGUUCAGGUUGAAACCAGUUCCCAAGAAAGAAAACCCAGAGGAAGAGAAGGAAGAAAUCAUUUUAAAACCUAUUCGAAGGAAAGAAAAGCCAGACGAAGAGAAGGAAGAGGUCAGGUUGAAACCAGUUCCCAAGAAAGAGAAACCAGUGGAAGAGAAGAAAGAAGUUAGUUUAAAACCUAUUCGAAGGAAAGAAAAGCCAGAAGAAGAGAAGGAAGAGGUCAGGUUGAAACCAGUUCCCAAGAAAGAAAAACCAGAGGAAGAGAAGGAAGAAAUCAUUUUAAAACCUAUUCGAAGGAAAGAAAAGCCAGACGAAGAGAAGGAAGAGGUCAGGUUGAAACCAGUUCCCAAGAAAGAGAAACCAGUGGAAGAGAAGAAAGAAGUUAGUUUAAAACCUAUUCGAAGGAAAGAAAAGCCAGAAGAAGAGAAGGAAGAGGUCAGGUUGAAACCGGUUCCCAAGAAAGAAAAGCCAGAAGAAGAGAAGGGAGAGGUCAGUUUGAAACCAGUUCCCAAGAAAGAGAAACCAGAGGAAGAGAAGAAAGAAAUCAAUUUAAAACCUAUUCGAAGAAAAGAAAAGCCAGAAGAAGAGAAGGAAGAGUUCAUUUUGAAACCAGUUCCCAAGAGAGAGAAACCAGAGGAAGAGAAGAAAGAAAUCAGUUUAAAACCUGUUCCAAAGAAAGAAAAGCCAGCCGAAGAGAAGGAAGAAAUCAGUUUAAAACCUGUUCCAAGGAAAGAAAAGCCAAAAGAAGAGAAAGAAGAGGUCCAGUUGAAAACAGUUUCCAAGAAAGAGAAACCGGAGGAAGAGAAGAAAGAAGUAAGUUUAAAACCUAUUCGAAGGAAAGAAAAGCCAGAGGAAGAGAAGAAAGAAAUCAGUUUAAAACCUGUUCCAAAGAAAGAAAAGCCAGCCGAAGAGAAGGAAGAGGUCAGUUUGAAACCAGUUCCCAAGAAAGAAAAGCCAGAGGAAGAGAAGGAAGAAAUCAGUUUAAAACCUGUUCCAAGGAAAGAAAAGCCAAAAGAAGAGAAAGAAGAGGUCCAGUUGAAAACAGUUUCCAAGAAAGAGAAACCGGAGGAAGAGAAGAAAGAAGUAAGUUUAAAACCUAUUCGAAGGAAAGAAAAGCCAGCCGAAGAGAAGGAAGAAGUCAGUUUGAAACCUGUUCCCAAGAAAGACAAACCAGAGGAAGAGAAGAAAGAAAUUAUUUUAAAACCUAUUCCAAGGAAUGAAAAGCCAGAAGAAGAAAAGGAAGAGGUCAGUUUGAAACCAGUUCCCAAGAAAGAGAAACCAGUGGAAGAGAAGAAAGAAGUUAGUUUAAAACCUAUUCGAAGGAAAGAAAAGCCAGAGGAAGAGAAGGAAGAGGUCAGGUUGAAACCGGUUCCCAAGAAAGAAAAGCCAGAAGAAGAGAAGGAAGAGGUCAGGUUGAAACCUGUUCCCAAGAAAGACAAACCAGAGGAAGAGAAGGAAGAAAUCAGUUUAAAACCUGUUCCAAGGAAAGAAAAGCCAGACGAAGAGAAGGAAGAGGUCAGUUUGAAACCAGUUCCCAAGAAAGAGAAACCAGUGGAAGAGAAGAAAGAAGUUAGUUUAAAACCUAUUCAAAGGAAAGAAAAGCCAGAGGAAGAGAAGGAAGAGGUCAGUUUGAAACCAGUUCCCAAGAGAGAAAAACCAGAGGAAGAGAAGGAAGAGGUCAGGUUGAAACCGGUUCCCAAGAAAGAAAAGCCAGAAGAAGAGAAGGAAGAGGUCAGGUUGAAACCAGUUCCCAAAAAAGAAAAACCAGAGGGAGAGAAGGAAGAAAUCAGUUUAAAACCUGUUCCAAGGAAAGAAAAGCCAGAAGAAGGGAAGGAAGAAAUCAGUUUAAAACCUGUUCCAAAGAAAGAAAAGCCAGAAGAAGAGAAGGAAGAGGUCAGUUUGAAACCAGUUCCCAAGAAAGAGAAACCAGAGGAAGAGAAGAAAGAAAUCAGUUUAAAAUCUAUUCGAAGAAAAGAAAAGCCAGAAGAAGAGAAGGAAGAGGUCAGUUUGAAACCAGUUCCCAAGAAAGAAAAACCAGAGGAAGAGAAGGAAGAAGUCAGGUUGAAACCAGUUCCCAAGAGAGAAAAACCAGAGGAAGAGAAGGAAGAGGUCAGGUUGAGACCUGUUCCCAAGAAAGAAAAGCCAUCCGAAGAGAAGGAAGAAAUCAGUUUAAAACCUAUCCGAAGGAAAGAAAAGCCAUCCGAAGAGAAGGAAGAGGUCAGUUUGAAACCUGUUUCCAAGAAAGAUAAACCAGAGGAAGAGAAGAAAGAAAUCAUUUUAAAACCUAUUGCAAGGAAUGAAAAACCAGAAGAAGAAAAGGAAGAGGUCAGUUUGCAACCAUUUCCCAAGAAAGAGAAACCAGUGGAAGAGAAGAAAGAAGUUAGUUUAAAACCUAUUCGAAGGAAAGAAAAGCCAGAAGAAGAGAAGGAAGAAAUCAGUUUAAAACCUGUUCGAAGGAAAGAAAAUCUGAUUGAAGAAAAGGAUGAGGUUAGCCUCAAAGCAGUUCCCAAGAAAGAAAAACCAGAAGAAGAGAAGGAAGAAAUCAAUUUGAAACCUAUUUCAAUUGAAGAAAAGCUAAAGGAAACUGAAGAUGUGGUGUUGAAGUUUGUAACAAAGGCAGAAAAACGAACGGAAGAGGGGGAAAUGGAGAAGAUUGUAUUAAAACCCAUUUUGAAAGCAGAAAUGGCAGAGGAGAAAGAGGAAGUAGUGGAAUUGAAACAUGAUUUGGAAGAACAACCAGUACCUCUACAGGAGACUGAUGAACCUAGGACUGAAGAUGGAAAGUCACCUGAGAAAACAGAUCUUCCUUGGCGUAGAAAGAAACCAAAGAAGCCACAACAAAAGCCAGCCAAUGAUGUAGGCCGACCAGAAGAAGUUCUACAAACAGUUCAAGUUACAUGUGAGUCCAAAGAUGUGGAAGUACCUGAAGAGAAGAAAGUGGCACCUUGGAGAAGGAGAAAGAUAACAAAGCCUCAAGAGACAAUUCCAGUGCCAGUUUCUGAAGAAUCCAAACCAGAAGAAACUGAAGAACCUUGGGGGAAGGAGAGAUUACAGUUACCAGAAUUGAAACCAGUUCAGGUUGAGGACAAGGGAGAAGAGUUCACUGAGGAGAAAAAGUCUGAGACACGUGUUACUCUCUCAACCAUACAGAAACAAGUGGCUGUGAGACCAAAGCCCGAGUUUCCUUCAGAAGAGAUUAAGGAAUCUGAAGAAGUGCAUCAGAUCUGGCAGAAGGAGAUUAAAGUGGACACAGUUUCUAAGAAGAAGGUGAUACAGCAUGGAAGAGUGUCGGUUCCAGAGGAUGACAGACCAUUAAGAGAGCUAGAGAUCGUAACUGCCAAGCGAGUUAUGGAGGGUGUGAUAUGUCUGCCAGAGGAACCAGUGGUAGAGGAUGUGGAGGUACUUGAAGAUCAACGUACAGUGAGACAUUCUUUGGUACAGGAGACAGCUGCUGAAAUAACAACUAUGUCAUCAAAGACUGUUGCACCUUACUUUAUUCAGCGUUUACAACCAGUCACUGCUAAACCUAACAAGACUGCAUUGUUCACAUGUAAAGUUCAUGGCUAUCCAUUUCCAGAACUUACCUGGUAUCAUAAUGGAGUAGAAAUUCAGCCAACAUCUUCUACAGUUUUUAAGGUAGUUGAAUCCACAGCCACACUUGAGAUCAGCAAUGUCACUCCAGAUGAUGUUGGAAACUACACUUGUCAGGCCUCUAACCCUGCAGGUGUUGCAACCUCGACAGCCAAUCUUGUUGUUAUAGAAAAAGAGGAAAGUGGAACUGCUCCUUACUUUAUUCAGCCACUGAAGCCUCAGGUGGUACAACCUAAAGAAGUUGCAACAUUGCAGUGCAUAGUGGUGGGUACUCCCACACCAACUGUCAAAUGGUACUGUUCCAAUAAGGAAUUGAAGCCAGGAAGAAGUCGAGAAAUCAACUACAACUCAGAGACUGGAAUUGCAACCCUUAAACUUUUGGAGCCAACUGAGCAGGAUCAAACUAUAUAUACUGUCCGUGCUGCCAAUGCCCAUGGCCGAGCAGAAUGCCGAGCCAACCUCAUUGUUGGAGAGGCACUUACAGUACAUAAACCAGAAGUGCUUCAUGCCCCCAAGAUCACCCAACCAGUUCAGGCAAAAAUGGUGCCAGCUGGAGAUGCUGUUACACUUGAAGCAAAAUUUGAAGGAAUACCUAAACCAGAGGUGCGAUGGUAUCGUAACGGCAAGGAGUUAAUACCAAGUGAGAAAGUGCAUAUAAUCAUAGAAGAGCAUAGGACGACAUUGCACAUUCCUCAAGUGUUUCGUCCUGAUGGAGGGAAAUAUGAAGUCCGUGCAGUAAACCCUGCUGGAGAGGCACGCAGCUCUGGAACAGUCUCUAUAACAUCGGGAUCAGAACCUGAAAUGGCUGAAGUGGUUCCUCCUCGUUUUAUUGAACCACUGAAACCCCAAACAGUAGCUGAGGGAGAGGUUGUUAUCAUGGAGACCCGUGUUGAAUCACACCCAACAUGCUCAUUCCAGUGGUUUCAUCACUCUGUUCCAAUCAAGUCGUCUCCAGAGUUGCGAGUGGUAACAACUGAUAACCAUUCAGUGUUAAUAACAAGAGAAGCCCUUUCUGAACAUGCUGGCAUCUACACUUGUCGGGCGGAAAACGUUGUUGGAUCUGUGACUUGUACUGCUACACUUAAUGUCAUGCCUGACACUGAAUGGGAGGAUGUAACAGAGCUUGCAUCACCAACAUUUGUCCAGAAACUGGCUAAUGUUCGUGUGAUGGAUGGAGAAGAAGUACAUUUUACAUGUCAGGUUACUGGUAAACCAGUCCCUAAAAUUACAUGGUACCAUAAGAAUGCACCAAUAAAAGAAGCUAAAGAUGUUACAGUAUAUCAAGACUCUGAGGGAGUAUGUAAACUUGCAAUCAGUGAAGUUUUCCCAGAGGAUGCUGGUGAAUACACUUGUCAUGCCAGUAACAAAGUUGGUGAGGCUGUCUGUGCUGCAUCUUUGAUUGUUGAAGCAUAUGAAUAUGUACCUGAUGCAGAGAUUGCUUCUGUAACAAUUGGCACAUCACUUGCCAUGGGACAAAGUGGUUCUGAAGAAGAUUUAUUGACUGAAAAGGAAACUGUUUCCGAAGUUGUGGAAGAGAAACUGGAUACAGAGGCUCCUCAAAGAGAAGAAGGGAAGUCUCCAAAAUUUACCACUCCAUUGCAGAAAGUUUAUUCUUCUCGUGAUGGAGAACUUAUAAGGAUGGAAGUGAAGCUGGAUGGUAAACCAAAGCCCAAGGUGGGAUGGUAUAAACAAGGGACUCAAAUUGUUUCUUCCAAGGAUUUUCAAAUAGAAGAAUAUGAGGAUGGUAUUUCAGUACUGACAAUUCCAGAAGUAUUCCCUGAUGAUACAGGAGAAAUUACAUGUGUGGCAGAGAAUGAAUUUGGAGUUGCCAGUACUUCAACUGAGCUUGUGGUUGAAGGCAUAAUGGGAACUAAAGAAUACCGCAAGCCUGAAUGGGUGACACAAAUGGAGGAGCUAAAGGAGCAGCUGCAAGGUAACAAUGUUGUGACGUCCUGCAUGCCAGAGCAUGGUAGUAGUGACAAUGAUGUGAUGUCUGUAGACAGCUUGGAAAUGGGAAGUUCACAUCAUCAGCAUGCCCAUGUGGGUCCAACAAGGAAGAGACCCGAUGUUCAAGCGGGGAGUACAACUUCCCUGGAAGAUGUGUCCGUUGGAGAUGAUUCUGUUUUUGUGUCUAAUGCCAGCUCUUGUUCUGAUGAACUGAAUUCCAUCACUCCACUUACAGUUGUGAAGUCCAGCAUGCAUGCACCUGCUUCUGAAACUCCUUUCCUGCUGGACCCUCCAUACUCCUCUCAGGCAGACUCCUCACCUCACCUCAGUGUUAGUUUUCAUCCAUCUGUAAGGAUCGAAUUACCAAAAAAUGAAACUAUCGGCAGUGUGGAGACCAGCAGUGUUAACAGUGGCUCUGACUAUGCACAUCUCAUAAUAACAGACUACUUGAACUCACACAGGCUUUCUAUUACUGCUGCAAUAGAAUCUCUUGACACUGACGAUAAUGUGAAAGGUAAGUCAGAUAAGAACAAGCAAACGAGUAUCAUAAAAAGUGCUUCACAGAACAGGACGGAGGUCACUGAAAUACAAAAUAAUUCCAGUGGAUGUCUUGAAUGUGCUGAAGAAACUGUGUCAGUAGAAGGCCCAACCUUACAUCUCCAUGAACGCAAGGAGAAAUCUGAAGAAGUGGUGGAAAUUAUAUAUGUCCCUGAAAAUGAAAACGGCAACAAUAUUCAUCCUGUGGCUAGUAGUUUCUAUCUCUUAUCUCCAAUUGAAGAGAGCAGUGAACCUUCAGCAGAGAGUAGUUGCAGUGGUGUAGGCGUUCACAGUUUGGAUAGGCAUGACCAUUCAGCCAUAAAACUUUUGUCUGCAUCAUGUGAAGUCAUAUCUAUGACAGAUGACAGCAUGGUUUCUCAUAAUUUGCAGACCAAGUACCAGACUUUUCCCCGUUCCAAGAUUCCUGUUCUUAGUCCCAUGCGUACAAAUGCAUGCUACAUUGUACCUGAAGACCCCACAAUGUAUCCUCUGGAACCUCGUGAGCUUGAUCCGGCUGGCUUCCACCAGCUUCAUAUGGCUGAUAGUCAAGAGGAGCUUCAGGAAUUCCUGCUAUUGGAGAGUCAGUGCAUGACUACAGAUGGACAGGGAUUGGCAGCUGCAUUUGUAUUUUCUGAUGAUGAGCACUUCCACAGUGAUGAAGAUGGUCACUGUACAGUGUCAGCUACCCAGUGUGUACCAACAUUUGUUCAAGAAAUUGUAGAUGUCAGAGCUGUGGAACUUGAAACAGUGAAGUUUGAGUGUCAGUUCUCAGGCACUCCCAAACCUGACAUCGUUUGGUAUCGUAAUGAUAAGGCAAUACGAAAUACCAAAAAUGUACAAAUUAGAAUAAAGGACAAUAAGACUUCAUGUACCAUCUUGAAAGUGACCACUGAAGAUAAGGGAACAUAUGUCUGUAAGGCAAACAGUGAAAUUGGAACGGCAGUAACCAAAGCAAAGCUUGAAGUGAAAGAACUGCCAGAGGAACAGAAGAGAGAACAUGAAAUUCAACAAGCCCGUGAAGAAAAAGAGAAGAUUAAAUUGGAAAAAGCAAUGAUUGAAAAGAAAAGGGAAGAGAGGCGUAAGAAGAAGGGGGUUUAUUCUUAUGAGUCAGGAAGGGAAACUGCAGAUGUUCAGGAAGUUCAGGUACUAGAAUCCACUACACAGAUUGCUGAAACAACUGAGAAGGUUCAGGCAGAGAGGGUGUUGUCUGUUCAAGAAUCUGUUUCUGUGUCAGCAAUAGCUUCCUGCAAGAAAAUUGAUGAUGAGACAACUGAGAAUUUAGAAAAACCACAAGAGAAAGCAAAACAAAUUAUGCCUGUCCAAGAGCCUCUAACAGUAUCUGAAACAAAACCAGAGGAUGUGCUUGAAGAUUUUAGAUCUGAAAUAUCAAAACCCCAGGAAGUUGCAACAAGAACAGUUCCAGUCCAACAGCCGGUCACUGUGUCUGAAGUGCAUGAUGCAGUGCAGGCUAGAGAGCUUGUACGGAAGAAAGUAGAAGAGAAGGCUAUGAAGGAGACUGUGUCAGUACAGGAGUCAGUGAUUGUGUCCCAAGUCACAUCUGAAUCCACUAUUGAAGAACUGAAGGAGAAACAAACAGAAGAAAAGGCAAUUAGGAAGAUACCCAGACAGAAAUCUGUUACAGUGUCAGAGGUUCAAUCUGAAUCAACAGUAGAGGAAUUGAAGCAAGACAAACCUAUUGAAAAAGCACAGAGAGUGAUUCCUGUUCAGGAAUCAGUCAUUGUUUCAGAUAUUCAAUCUGAAGCAACUGUGAAGGAGCUGCAAGAAAAGAAACCAAAGACAAGGCAUGCUAAACCAGAAAAGAAACCUGCAGUGAAAGAAACUGCAGUUGUAACUGAAGUAAAAUCUUUGACUGCGGAAGAAAUCUUAGAGGUAGAAGAAACCAAAAUGGCCACUGAAGUGGAAGAGCUCUUGAAAUUUGUGAGAGCCAAGGAAUUUGGUCCAGGAGAAUCUCCUCUACGUGAGUUAGCACAGAUUGGAUUCCUGGUGAGGCAAGGUGUGUCAGUCAAUGAAAUUACAACUCUGUACGAAGCUGACCGGUUCCCUGCCUUACGCACUCCCGAAGCACAGUCAGCUAUGGUUCAGGUGGUGGAACGUGAAGGACAAGGUGCGCUCAUCUCCCAAGUUCUUACUGAAGAGUCUACUGCUGAUGAAGAUCUUGUAGCUUCUACCGUUGGGUUCCGAGCAUUUAUGCGUAUGGUGGAGAUGAGACAUGCUGCAGUGGAGGAGGUUAUUACGCACUUUGCUCCUGAAGAUUUCAGACCUGAUGCAUGGGAGACUUCUGAAGCAACUCAGGUUGUCACCAAAGAUUCAACAGCUGAGAGAGUGGAAUUUACAGAACAAAGAGAAGUGCAUUUUCAAGAAAGAAAGAAAGUAACAAAGAAGACCAGGACAACUCAAGAGGCAGAAACAGAAGAAACCCUCGAAGAAACAGACCACGUACGCACAGCAUCUGGGACUGCUGCAUCCAAACCACAAGAACACAAGCCUUUGAAACAACUUGAUAGGGAAGAGGGAGUUACUAUUACAGAAAUACCUUUAGAUGAGCAAACGACAGUCACAGAGCAGUCCCUUGCAAUUGUCACCCAACCCAUGGAGGAACAGGUUGAAUCAAGUCAAAGGAAGAAACAAAUGGAGAACCUGGAGGAGGAAGAAGAAGAACUGAUCAUCAUAGAGAAAUCCAAGGGUCGUAGUAUUAGGCGGCAGAAAGAGAAGAUAGUGAAGCAGCAAUCAAAGGAAGAGGUAGAGGUAGAGAUUGAGUUUGUGGGGGAAGGUAAAAGGAGGGUGAAGAAAACAAUAAGGGCCAGGCAACCAGAUACCGAAGAGGAAGUCAAUGAUGAAGAACAUGUAGAGGCACUGAAACCUCUUUCAGCAAAAUCUCUUCAAGGGUUGCCCCUUAUUAGUCCCAUACAUUUGGCUGAAAGUAUACCUGCAGCUGUUGUUACAGAGAUAAUCACAGACAGCAAGGUGAUGCAGGAACAAGUGAAAGUCAGCCUACUAACACACACAGCUGUGUCAGAACAGCAGGUGGAAACAGAAGAACGUGAACAGGACACCAUACAGAGAAUAGCUCCUGAAGGUGAAAAUGCUGCACCAAGUCUUGAUACCAUUGAACCUUAUCUGGUAAUAGAACAUAAUGUCCAUACAAGAGCAAGUGAAUUUGAGACAACAUUCAAGCCACAGACUUAUGAGGCAAGCAAAACUAUUGUGUCUAGUGAAGGUCUACUUAUUAGUGAGACUCUGCCUGAUCAUAAAAUGGGUGUGGUCCAGACUACCACAGAAGUCCAAGAAACUCAAGCAACUAUUUCCUUAUCCCUAAAGGAAGCUACUUCUGUAAGUCAAACUGAAGUAGCCUUGAAGGAAGGAGAUGUAAAAAUUGAUACUUUACCUAAAGGUCAACAUGCAGACAGAUCAUUGAUUCCUCAAGAAGGGUUAUCUAUCACAGAAGUGACAGAAGGAACAUCAGAAGACAAGUUAGAUGCCCUAUUAAAGCCAACUCCUGUAAAACCAAGAAUGCAAGUGCCAUCUUCAGAGCCCUUAGUAGUUAGUGAAGUGUUUGCAGAAACCAGACCUGGGAAAUAUUACCCAGAAUUAUUUGUGGCUACAGAAGUGGCUACCAGAUCAUUCAUAACACAGCAACAAAUUACAACUCACGAAAUGAAUGCUCCAGAAAAAGAAAGUGAAUAUAUCCCAGGGCGACUUCCGCCUUCACAGCAAGCUGGAGUUGGGGUUAUGCCUGGAGAAAGUGUACUUGUAUCUCAGCUGGAUGUGCAAGAAAAGGAAGGAGAUUUGUCACUUCAACGAAAGCUUGAAAUAUCAAAUGCAAUAGAAGAUGUAACAGUAGUUGAGGGUAUCUCUGUAAGUGUAGUGCAGCCACAUCAUCAUGAACAAGACCUCAGUGUUCAGGUGAGAGAGGAAAAGACAGCGGGUGUUGAUUUCACUCAGCAAGAGUCUUUUGUAACUGCUGAAACAACAGUUUCAGAACAUGAGGGUCCGUACAUCCCUGGAGAAACACCACAAGGAAAACAAGCUGACAGUUCUGUUAUUUGUUUUCAAGUGUCAGAUGUGUCCAUAUCUCUUAUCCAAGAAUCAGAGGGUGAUUUUCUACCAACCAAGUUACCCAUUGGUGCCUGUGCUGAACCAAACGUUAGCCCUGAAGAAUCAAUAACAGUUUCUGAAAUUCAGACAGUAGAUCUACCAUCUGAAUUUUCUGACUUUCUACGAUACCGCAUGGAUGAAGCAACUACCAAAUUGGAGACACAGGAGACAAAGGAAAUUUCUUUUGUUUUAACUGAAGAAAAAGAAGGCUUUAUUGAGAAGACAGAGCAGCUCCAACCGUGUAAAGUAGAAGAGUCUUAUAGACCACAAACAGGAAUCAAUGUAGAGCAUAAUCAAGCAGUUGAACAAGAGGGUGAAUUCCCUGUUUAUGAAUUACCAGAAACACACAAAGUAAAGACAGUUCCUUCACAUCCUUUGCAUUCAAUUGUUGUGGAGGAAACUCUACCAGCUGGUCUCAUCAAAGAUCUAAUAAAAGAGAAGCCACACUCUGGUACUGCAAAACGGGACCAGGAAGUCUGUCAGGAGGUGGUUAUUGAGGAGGCUGUUGUAGGGGAAGGAUUGAAAUCAUACAAAACAGGAUCACAACCAGAUCAGAAAAUAGCAGAUGUCACUGUCUUACAAGAGGAAGGAGUGACAGUAACUGAAGUUGUUACAGAGGACCGGGAAGUUACAUACACAAGACCUGAGCUUCCUGCUGAAUGUUUUGCAUUGCGAGAUAUAUCACCACAGAAUGUUGCCAUUAAGGCUGAGGUGAGGCCUGAAUCCACUGCAGAACCACUAAUUGAGGAAGUUCCAGCUAAGAGCACUGCUAAGCCAGACCAGACCACCCUGGAAAGCCUCGUGAUCAGCCUUUCACAAUUGGUUGAGAAAGAAGGAGAGUUUAACAAAGACAUAAAACCUGAUACAAAACAGGCUAGUGUGGAAUGGGGUGAGAAUCUAACAGAAAUAUCAGUGAUGCAAAUAUUCACCCAUGAUAAGGAAACUGACUAUAUUAGUGAGAAAGCACCAAAUUUGAUUACAGCUGCACCUAAUAUUCCUGGACGUGAGGUUGCUCUCACAUCUGAAACAAUGCCUGAAUUACAUCUUGGAAAAUUGGACUAUGAAUCACCAACACAUGGGCAUGCAAAACCUGACAGUGAGCCCCAUCAUGAGCUUUUGGUGACUGAAACAGCAAUAAGUGAAGCAGAGAGAGAACUCAGAGCUGAUACAAGACCAGGUCAGAAGACAGCUGAUAUUUCUGUAGAUGCUGGGCAAGUAAUUUCAGUGACAGAAAUUGUAGCAGAGCAUAAGGAAGCCAUUCUAGAGGCUCUAGAUUUACCUAAACAUCGUAAAGCUCUCAUGGAUAUCUUUGGUCAGGAAGUAGCUGAGAAGCAAGAAAUUGUAACGGACCUGACGCUUGGUGAUUGGAAACGUCAGUCACCUGUAAAAGAACAAGCCCAUCCAAUGCAGGAAGGCCUGGAAUGUGCCAUAUUAUUGCAGCCUACUGUUGGUGAAAAGGAAGGUGAUUAUAGUGGGAAAAUAAAACCUGAUCAAAAGCAAGCUGAAGUAGUAUUUCAGGAAGGUCAUGUGUUGAGUGUUACAGAAGUUCUAAUUCAGGACAGAGAGCAGCCUUUAGCCACACAAGAAACACCUGUAAAGAGAACUGCAACCUCUGAUAUCGGUACUCAAGGAGUGGCACUCAUGUCAGAAGUUGUUACAGAUCAGAGUUUAAAAGAAAUUAUUCCAACUGAAACAACCUUUGCAGAAGCAAAGUAUGAUCAAAUACCCUACCGAAGUAUUAUUCAGAGCGAAACUAUAAUUCGUGAAAAGGAAGGCGAGUAUAUGCUUGAUAUCAUACCUGAAAUAAAGAAGGCAGAGCCAGGCUUUGAAGAAGAACAGGGCAUAACUGUUACACUGGUAACCGUGGAAGACAAGGAGAGCAAUUUAGUUUCUCCUGAGAAACCUACAGAGAUGAAGGCAUUACCUGAUGUUAUAGGACAGGAAGUAGCAGAAAAAACAGAGGUUAUUACAGGAAGUAGCACUACAAAUUUUUCCACUGAGUCCCCACUCUGUGCACAGGCUAUUGCUGAGCAGUUGCCAUACCAAAGUGUGAUUCUGUCAGAAACAGCUCCUGGAGAACGUGAAGGAGAUUUCAGAGAGAGUCUCAGACCUGACUCCAAGAGUGCAGAUGUAUUAUUUGAAGAAGGGAAAGGGAUCUCCAUCACUGAAGUAGUUGCUGAAGAUAAGGAGGGUGAAUGUGCUUCUCCUGAGAACCCCGAGAGUAAAUUUGCCACACCAGACAUAUCAGGUCAGGAAGUGGCUCAGAAGACUGAAGUCAUCCCUGAGGCAAGAACAGGCGAAGUGACUGUGGAAUUUCCUUCCAAAGUUCAAGCUAACCCAGAACAGCUCACGUUUGAUAGUGUUGUUCUCUCUGAAACAGCGGUCCAGGAAAGUGAAGGAGAAUUCAAAGGAAAGUUGAAAUUUGAUACUCACAGUGCAGACUUGGCAUUUGAGGAGGGUCGCAGUGUAACAGUGACCCAAGUGACAUUAGAAGAUAAAGAAACAGACUAUGUGACACCAGAUAAGCCAAAAGAGAGGACUGCUCAUCUUGAAAUAUCUGGCCAGGAAGUUGCACAGAAGUGUGAAGUAUUAACUGAGCUUGGUGUAGGGAGUGUGACUGUAGAGAAAGCAGUAACUGCCAGUGCUCAACCUGAGCAAUUGCCUUUUGAAGGCAUUGUGCAAACAAUUUUAGCAAUAGGAGAAAGUGAAGGGAAGUUCACUGGAGAUACAAAACCAUUUUUGACAGUGGCAGAACUGGCAUUUGUAGAGGAGAAAGGAAUUACAAUAACAGAAGUCACUUUAGAAGAUAAAGAAGAGAAAUAUUCGGUACCGGAUCUUCCGCAGACACGAGUAGCACAGCCAGAUGUAUUACCACAUGAGAUACCACAGAAACUGGAGAUUGUAGCAGAAGUGAGAGUAGGUACAGUUCUAACAGAAAUGCCAAAAACUGCUACAGCAGAAACACAGCAGCUUCUUUUCCAAAGUGCAGAACAAAGUAUUACAAUAAUAGGAGAGGCAGAAGCUCCUUUGAAGUCUUUCAUACAGCCAGAUGUAAAGAGUGCAGAUACUUCGUUUGAAGAUACUAAAACUGGAGUAAGCAUCACUGAUAUUAUAAUUCAAGAUAAAGAAGAUAUUUAUGUAACGCCAGAUAAACCUACCCAGUAUAAAGCAAAGCAUGAAAUAACAGCUCAAGAAGUGGCAGAAAAAACAGAGAUUAUUACAGGAAGUAGCACUGCAAAAUUUUCCAGGGAAUCCCCAGUCCGUGCACAGGCUAUUGCUGAGCAGUUGCCAUACCAAAGUGUGAUUCUGUCAGAAACAGCUCCUGGAGAACGUGAAGGAGAUUUCAGAGAGAGUCUCAGACCUGACUCCAAGAGUGCAGAUGUAUUAUUUGAAGAAGGGAAAGGGAUCUCCGUCAUUGAAGUAGUUGCUGAAGAUAAGGAGGGUGAAUGUGCUUCUCCUGAGAACCCCGAGAGUAAAUUUGCCACACCAGACAUAUCAGGUCAGGAAGUGGCUCAGAAGACUGAAGUCAUCCCUGAGGCAAGAACAGGCGAAGUGACUGUGGAAUUUCCUUCCAAAGUUCAAGCUAACCCAGAACAGCUCACGUUUGAUAGUGUUGUUCUCUCUGAAACAGCGGUCCAGGAAAGUGAAGGAGAGUUCAAAGGAAAGUUGAAAUUUGAUAUUCACAGUGCAGACUUGGCAUUUGAGGAGGGUCGCAGUGUAACAGUGACCCAAGUGACAUUAGAAGAUAAAGAAACAGACUAUGUUACACCAGAUAAGCCAAAAGAGAGGAUUGCUCAUCCUGAUAUCUCUGGUCAGGAAAUUGCUCUAACAUCUGAAGUACUCACAGAGCUUAGUGUAGGUCACUUGCCGUCAGAAGUAGCACCUACAUAUAAAGCCCUGUCAGGGCAAAAGCCACAUGAGAGUAUCAUACAAACACAGGCAAUUAUUCAGGAGCAGGAAGGAAAUUUAUCUGAACAACGCAAACCAGAUUCAAAGUUAGCGCAGCUGAUACUUGAAGAAGGUAAUAGUGUGACAGUAACUACAACAAUUCCAGGAGACAGUGAAAUUGAAUUUGUUGCUCCUGAAAAACCAAAGGAAAGAGUUGCUGUAACAGAUAUUUUAGGAAAGGAAGUAGCAGAGAAGUCUGAAAUUAUACUUGGCUUAAGUUUUACUGAACUGAAACAAGAAACACAAAUUUCAGCUUGGGCUAAUCCUGAACAAUUGCCGUAUGAAAGUGUGAUGCUUACAGAAGCAGCUAUUCGUGAAAGGGAAGGCAAAUUUGAUGUUGAUAAAAAACCAGAUUCUAUGCAGGCAGAACUGGACUUUGAACUUGAACACAGUGUCACUGUAUCUCAAAUUACUCUGGGUGACCAAGAACGUUUGUAUACAGCUCCUGAAUUGCCUAAGGAGAGGAAAGCCUAUCUAGACAUCAGUGAAAGUCAAGAAGUAGCUGAACAGAUGCAGGUGAUGCCGAAUGUUGCCAUAAAGGAAUUAGAAUAUGUGGCUCCUCUUUCUGAAGAAGCCCGCCUGGGUCAAGUAACACUUAAGAGUGUGAGUGUUAUGGAAGGUCUGGCACAGGAGAGUGAAGCAGAGUUUACUGGAAAAUUCCUACCAUCAACAAAGAGAGCUGAUACCCUUAUUGAAGAAGGAAGAAAAGUGCAGAUGGUUACAGAAGUCCUUGUGGAAGAUAAAGAAGGUAGGAUUGAUAAACUUGAUAUUCCACAGGGAAGGAAUGCAGAGACAGAUAUAUUUGGAAGGGAAGUAGCUGAGAAAAGUGAGGUGUAUGCUGAAAUAUGUGUUUGUGACAUUACUACGGCACUGCAGCAGCAGCAACAACAGCUUACUGCCAAUCUUCAGCAAAUUCCAUUUGAAAGUCUUCUUCUCUCUGAAACGAUUGUGACUGAAAAGGAAGAUGAAAUGAAGCCUGAUCAUAUGGUUAUAAAGAAGAGUGCACAAAUGAGUUUUGAAGAGGGUAAAAGUGUGACAGUGACUGAAGUGAUAUCUCAAGACAAGGAGUCUACUUACAUUGCACCAGAAAAACCAAAAGGCGCUGUUGCCCAGCCAGAAAUUCUUGGUAAAGAAGUUGCAGAAAAAACAGAAAUUGUAUCAGAAUUGGGAAUAAUAGAACUCUCAGAAGAUAUCCCUUCAACUGCCUCUGCAGUUCCAGAAUCUAUACCAUUCCAAGUAAUUGUACAAACUGAAGCAGAUGUUCAAGACCGGGAAGGUGAAUUCACUGGGGCGUUUAAGCCAGGCACGAAGAAUGUAGAUGUAACUUUUGAGGAAGGUAAGAGCAUUAUUAUAACUGAAAUCAUAACAGCAGAGGAUAAAGAAGACAGGCAUAUGACAACAGAAAUACCCAUAGGUAAAUUGGCGCACCGAGAUAUAACCACACAAGAAAUCGCUGAGAAAUCUGAAGUGCUUGCUGACAUCUGUUUGGGUGAAGUUGUUGCUGAAUCACCUCAAAAAAUAAUUGCCACUUUGGAACAGCUGCCCUAUGAGAGUAUAAUACAGACUGAAAGCAUGAUCGGAGAACAUGAGUCAGAAUUCAAAGAGGAGAUGCAUUUAGUGAAGAGAAAUGCUGCCUUCACUUUCGAGGAAGGAAGAAGUAUCAGUGUAACACAGGUUAAUGUUGAACAUAAAGAAGAUAUCCUUCAAGCUCAAGAUACACCAAAGCAGAGAACUGCACAGCCAGAUGUAAUCAGCCAGGAGUCUAUACAACUAAGUGAAGUUCUGACACAGAUGCAUGUUGGUAAGGUAACACACACACAACCUACUACAGAAAGAAUUCAAGCAGAUCAGGAAACUGUCGAAGGCCUCAUCAUUUCAGAGGGAGAUGUUCAAGAGAAGGAAGGUAUAUUUGAUGCAGUAUUUAAGCCUUCAAGCAAGACUGCUGAAAUUCAGUUUGAGGAAGGAAAAGUAAUAACAGUUUCAGAAGUCUUGAUUGAAGAUAAAGAGGAAGAAUACAAGGCACCUGAAGGCCCAAAGCAUAGAAUAGCCCAACCAGACAUUACUGCCCAAGAUAUUGCAGAGAAAACUGAAGUUAUUGUUGAGUUUGGUGUUAGUAAAUUUACCAGUCAGAUGCCAUCUACAGCAGUAGCUAAUACUGAACAUCUCACAUUGGAGAGUCUGGUCCAAGAGCAAACGGCAGUCAUUGAGAGUGAAGGUGAGUUUGGAAGUGUGUUUAAGCCUGACACAAAAAGUGCAGAAUUAACGUUCGAAGAAGGUAAACGAGGAAUAACAGUCACUCAGAUAGUCGUGGAAGAUAAAGAAGGAACUUGCCAAGAUCUUGACCUACCGAAAGAGCGUAGUGCUCAGCCUGAAAUAGUGGGACAAGAAGUAGUCCAAAAAACAGAGGUAAUCACCGGCCUUGCACCUGGAGAAAUUGCACUACAUACAUUACCACAAAUAGGUCAAGCUAGUCCAGAGCAGCUUCCUUAUGAAUCUGUUGUACUGACAGAAGCAACUGUAAGGGAGAGUGAAGGAGUGUUAAAGACAAAAGCAAAGCCAGAAUCAACAAAUGCAGAUCUUUCCUUUCAAGAAGAACAAAGUAUCACUGUUACAGAGGUUAUGGUUCAAGACAAAGAAGGAAUAAAAAUCAUUACAGGAGUUGCCAAUGAAGGGGUAGCCCGCCCAGAUAUAAUAGAGAGAGAAGUGGCCUUGAAGUCAGAGGUCCUUCCUGAAACUAUGGUAGGGCAAUUAGAUAUUCAGGUUCCAGAGCCUAGUGUCGCGAUGCAGGCUGUACCUCAACAACAGCACAGCCUGGUAGUAACUGAACUUGGCACUGGAGAGCUGGAAUCUGUGCUUCCUGAUUUGGUGAAACCAUCCUCAAAAACCACCAUUAUCUCCUUUGAAGAGCAGGAAGCUAAGCUUCUUGUAACAGAAGUCCAGCCUGAGGACCGAGAGGAGAUCCUAGCUGAGAUGGCCCCACAGACAACUCACACAACAGCCAUACAGUCCUUCGAGCAGAUGCCAGCACUCAUAGUAUCUGAAACCACAACCGAAAUCAAUGAAGGUGAGUAUGUCACAGAUGUUGAGCAGCAGGCCUCAGCUACUGAAAUGGUGGAAGACAUCACAACGCAGUUCCAAACUAUUUCAACUGCUUCUGGAGCACAAAUGAUAAAGAGAACUGUAAGGAAGGUGAUUAAGGGUGGCAAGAAAGUUGUCCUACAACCUGACAAAGAAGAAGAAGGAGGUGGAGUGUCCAUUGAAGAAAUUGUGGAUGAGGGAGAAAUUCCUGAGGCAGAAGAAAUAACACCAGUAAUUGUUGAAGAACUUGCAGAAGAUGCAGCUGUAACUGAAGGGAAACCUGAAGUUACUAAGGAGAAAAGGAAGAAGAAAAUAGUGAAGAAGGUGACCAGAAGAAGAGGAAGUAAAGAGGAAACGAUAGUACUGACAACAGUUGAAGAUGAAGGAAACAAGCCUGAAGUGAAAGUCUAUGAAAUAAUUUCAGAGGAUGCAGUACCACAAGCAAUACAGAAGGUAGAAAGCCAAAUUAUUGAAGAAGAAACAAUUGUUACAUCAGACGAGAUCUCUGUGAAUAAAGAGCAGAAACCAGACAUUUGGCCAGAAGAAGAAGAAAUUCCUAAUAAAAUGGGGAAGAAAAAGGUUAAAAAACCUAAAGUUGCAAAAGUUACUGAAGACAGAAGUGUUUUUAGCCAAAUGGAAGCUGAGGAAGUGACUGAAAAUCUUGAAUCUGUAGAACAGGUUCCAGUGCCCCAAGACAAAGAUGGAGAUGAACUCAGAAAGAAACAGAUUCAGAUACCAGAAGAAAAAGAGAAGCCUGAAUCCAUAACAUUGAAAGAUGUAGAAACAACACAACUUCUAGAAGACAUACCUCCAGAUACUGCUGAGGAAGUACAGCCAUCUCCAGAAGAGGUAAAACCACAAAUUAUAGAAAAACUACAAGAGGGAAGAAAAUCAAAGCAAAAGAAACCUAAAGAUUUUGAAGUAAGUGUAGAAGUUGCAGGGACAAUAGGGGAUGUUGAGAAACCCACAGAAAAUACUGAAGAGGACAUUACAAAAUCAGAUGAAAGUCGAGAAAUAAAGAAAAAGAAGAAACUUAAAAAGAAACCACAGACAACAGAGGAAUUUCCAGAAAUUGUGGAGAAUAUUCCAGACAUUUCAGAUAAAGAACUUCCAGACAAACCCUUGAAGGAACGCGAAACUGAAGAUGCUCUAGAUAUGAAAGAGACUGAUGAUAAGACAGCCAAUAAAGUAGUAAAGAAGAAGAGAAAAAUAAAAAGUGUUGAAGCUUACAAGGAAGAAGUUCCUGCUGAACAGCCAGAAAAGCUUGAAGCAGUACAACCAACUGAGGAACCUGUACCAGAGAAACCAGCAACAGGAGAAUCAAAAGACAAAAAGAAAAUAAAGCCUAAGCUAAUGAAACUUGAGCAAGUGGAAAUAAAGCCAACAAAAGUAAAGGUGGUAGAUGUUUCUAACGUUGAAGAAUUUCCAUUAUUUGCACAAAUAAAAUUGAAGAAAGCGAAAAUAAUAGGAAAGAAAGAAAUAAAAAGCGUGGAACUUCCAAAGAUACUGCUUAGAAGCCACAUAAAGCAUAUACAUUAUCCCCCAGAAGAAAUUAAAUGUAUCAUCACCACAUUAAAUGUUAAACCUGAACAUGGAAUUUUAUCUAGAAAUACCCAGGAGGCACUUAAGUUACAGAGAAAGAAAACACGUAAAAUAAAAUUACCAGGUAAAGAAGAAACUGAACUAGAAGAAUCACAGUUUGAAGUGGAGGAAACAGAGAAACCCACAAAAGAGGAAGAAGAUGUAAAAUCAUCUUGGGAAAAGUUGCCAAAGAAACCUGAACUAGAAGAAGAUGAAGCACACAAACUGGUAAUCGGCAAAGGAAAUUUGCCUCAAACAGAACAACCUGAAGAAAAAGUAAAGCUCAAGAAAAUACCAGAAAAGCUACAAGAGCCAGAAGAAAAAGAAAAGCAGAAACCAAAGAAACAUGAACCUGCGGAUGGCAAAUCCAAAAAAGAGAAACAAGAAAUAUCACCGCAGUUGCAACCAGUAGAAGAUAUAAACUUUGAAAGAGAAGAACCAGUAAAACCCUAUCCUAUGCCAGAAGUGCCCAAGCAGUUAGAGGAGGAGCUCCCGGAAACAGAGAAAUUGAAGAAAACUAGACCAAAGAAGCCAAAGAAAGAGCCAGAAGUUAUACAGAUACCACUAGAAAAAGGUAAGCCUAAAGAACCCCAACUAGAAGAAGAUAAAGAUAUUUCAUUGAAGAAAAAAAUGGGUGAACCUAAAAAAGAGAAACCAGAAGCUAUAACCCUGAAGCCAUUUACAAAAGAGAAGCCCCCAGAUGAGGAAGACAAAACUGAGUUAGUUAUUGGGAAGCCAAAGCCGAUUGAUGCAAAAGAAGGAGAUGAAGAAAUAAUUCCUAGGGUAUUUGGCGAAGAAAAGAAGCUGAAACGAAAGAAGAGUGCCAAAGAAUCAGAUACACCAAUUGAAGCAGAGAAGAAACCAGAUGUUACAUCAGAGGAUGAAGUAAAAUGUGAUGAACCGGUACCGAUUUCCAAGACAGUAGUUGAGUUGAAGCCACUUAUUGAAGAUAAAGCUACAGAUGAGGAAGUGAUGUUUGUUGAUAGAACACAGUUACAGGAAGAACCAAAAAUAUCAGAGAUGCCAGUUGAUGUACAAGUUCAAGAGGCUGAAAUCCAAAAGAAUUUAGUAAAGAAGAAGAAGAAGAAAAAGGUCACUAUUGUUGAACAUGUUCAAUUACUAGAUGAGGGAGCAGAAGAGCAUGAAGAUUCAGGAGAUGUUGAAAAAAUAGAGGACCUGGUUCCACUGGAGUACAAGCCAAAUGAAGCAACAUCAACCUAUGAGAAAUCUGAAAGCAUGGAGGUUGCUCAGACUGUGCCUAUAGAAAUGACAGAGAACAUUUCUAAGAAGCCUGAAAUUUUAAAGCAAGCAAGAUCUGAAUUAGGCAUACAGACUGCAGUCACCAUUGAAGAAGUCACAGCACAAGACCAUGAGUUGCCUUUGGAACAAGAAGAUAGUUUGCAAAAAGCAAAGACUACAAUGGAGGCAAAGGAACAUGAAGUGGCUGAAAUAUCGGAAAUUUUAACAAAAUGGAAAGAGGCAGAAAGACAGGACCAAAAGCCGCCAGAAGACCAUGCUAUGCAAGAUAUUUUAUUUCAAGAACAAGUGAGCACAUCAGUUGUUCAGACUAUGGAAAACACUGAAACUCUCCAGCAGGCACCAGUUCCCUCCAGAGACACUGCUCACCUUGUUGAACACCCAUCUGUGACCAAAAUUCCACAGGAGGAAAUUGUCUCUCCAGAAGGGGCUGAAACGUCUUUCGUGGGAAAAGAUGCUCCUGAAAGGGUGCAGGAGACAAAAGUAAUUGAAGAGCAAGAUAUCAAAGUGGAGAAGAAAAAGAAGAAGACGGCAGUGAAAAAGAAACCUGCUGAAGCUAUAACUUCAGAAGGAGCGCCUUCUGAAAAUACUGAAGCUUUUGAAGUUAAAGCACCAUCUGUGGAAGAAAUUAAACCAACCAUUGCCCCAAUAGAAGCUGUGGUUGUUGAUCAGGUGACUUCAGAACAAGUAGCAAAGGAGUUUCUUGUCUCAGAACGACAGGAAAUAAAACCAAGUGCCGCUGUUACUCUGAAAGACUCUAUUUCAGUGACAGAUUUAUCAUUAACACAUGUUGCAGAAGAUAUUACACCUUUGAAAACUCCAGUUGCUGAAGAGAUAAAUGUUAGUGUCUGUGAACGAGAAGUUGCUUCGCUUCAGGAAACACAUACUGGGGAGGUAGUUCAAGAACUUCCUACCCAACAUAAACCAGCACAAGAGUCAGCAGAUACCGUGGUCACAUCACAGAAGGUGGUUACACAAUUUGAAGUUCAGCCACAUGAAACAGGUGAGAUGUACACACCACAGGAGUUAUCCAAGGAAUCACAGGCUAAGACAGUACUGUCUGAAAAUAUGUCGAUCACUGUAAAGCAUGUAGAAGCAUUUGAAACACACACAGAAUUUGAUCAAUCUAUUUCCACUACUGAGAACAUACAUCCCUCUGUUAUACCCCAAACAACAGUUUCUGUCACAUUUAUAGGCACAGAACACAAGGAAGGUGUACUUUUGCCACAAGAGAAACUACACACUGUGUUAGCAACACAGUCCUUUCCAGAACAUGAUUCCAUUACAGUCAGUCAAGUUAAAACUAUUGAAAUGCCAUCAGAGCUUGCGACACCAGAGACACUUGGCGAGAGUGCGGUCACCACUUCAUCACUCAGUACAGUGGAGCCUGUGUCUGUGACAGAGGUACAGUUGGCACAAGCACCAGGUGAGGAAAUCAUUCCACAGAAAAAACCACAAACUGAAACAGCUCAGAGGAAACUUUCCACACAGGAACCUUUACAGAUACAAGAAGUUACAACGGAACAGAUUGCUACAAUUACGUCACCUGAAGAAACACAACAGGUCAUAACACAGGUGCAGAAAGUCGUCCAGAAACGACAACUUGCAACCAUAAUCACAGAUGUAUCCACUGACACAAAGGAGGGAGACCUCAAGAAUUUAACAACCACACAAGAACAAGCUACAGUUACCAUACCAGAAACAAAACACCACCUUAUUAUUACUCAAGUUGAAACUGACCUAUUUCCAGGUGAGGUUCCAGUAUCAUCUCUGCCUACGAAGGAACAGGUAAGCCCUACUAUCCUCCAAGAAAAGCCAUCUCUUAUUGUUGAAGUUACCAAGACAAUUGUGCAGGAGCAACCAGUAGAGGAAGAAGUGCCCAAGGUUCAGAUAAGGGAAACGGACAUUCCAGAGCAUGAAAUUUCCAAACAUGAAGGCGAUGAAUUGAAAGCAGUUCAUAAGAAACCAAAGAAAAAGAAGGUAGUUCCAGAAACACCAAAGACUGCAAUUGAAGAGAGAACUGAAGAUAUUACCACGGAAGACUUGAUUCCAGCAGAACUAGCCUCCCCUGAAAGGGCAGAAGAGUCUAUCAGUGUUCUAGAGGGAAAUGAAACGCUUGAAAUCACUGAAGGGGUGACAACUACGGAGCUUGAGAUGGUUGAGGAAUCUCUUCCAGAUAAAGCUGAACAAACCAUAAUUCUUCUUGAGGGUGCAGAAACUGUUCAAGUUGUCACUGAAAUGAAUGCAGAGGUGUUAGCGAAAUUAAAGAAACCUGCUCCUGAGAUUGCAGAAAAGAUUGUUUUACCCCAUGAGACGAAGGAAACCAUCCAGGUCACACCAGAAAUUACUACAGAAGAGUUAAAAAGUUCAGAUGUACCAGUCCCAGCAGAAGUUGCACCUACUGAAGAGAGCAGAGAAUCUGUAAGUGUGAUAGAAGUAGAUGUUAAAGCACCUGUGAGAAAGCCAUCAAAGAAGAAAAAAAUACCUGAGGAACAAAAAAUAACAGAACUACACACAGAGGAAGAAACUGUUGAAGACUUGGUUCCAGAAAUAACGUCACUACCAGAAAUGGCAAAACCUGCUGUUCCAGUAACCAAAGUUGUCGAAGUAACUGAAGUGACUCCUGAAGCUACUACUUUAGAAAUUGAACCACAGGAACCUAUUACCGAAGAGGCUAAAGUAGUGGAAGAAACGGAGAAACCAAUGAAUGUAACACAGAACGAUGUUAAGGCUCCAGCAAAGAAACCUUCCAAGAAGAAAAAGAAGGUUACUCAGCGUGUUAGAGAUGAAAGUCCUGUUAAAGCAGAUGUUGAGCAAGGGGGGGAGGAGGAGUUAAAGCCAGUUCCUGAAGAUGUGAAAUUAGGAGAGAAACCCGUUGAAAGCAAACCUGAAUCUGAAAAGUUGAUCAAGAAGAAGCCUUCUGAAGACAAACCUACCGAUAAGAAACCAGUUCUCGAAAAAAUGAAACCUCAGUUAAUGAAGAUUGAAAGAAAGGAAGUGAAGCCAACAAAAGUUAAGGUAGUAGAUAUUAAGGAAGAAGUACCACUGUUUGCAAAGGUGAAAUUGAAGAAGGCUUCAGUACAAAAGAGAGAGAUACAAUCGACUGAAUUACCCAAAGUCUUAUUGAAGAGCAACUUGAAGGUUAUACAAUAUCCCCCAGAAGAAAUUAAACCAAUUAUAACUCAUUUAAAUGUGAAAUCAGACCAUGGUAUUUUAUCCAGAAAUGCCCAAGAAGCCUUGAAAUUGCAAAAGAAGAAAGUUAAGAAGAUAAAGUUAUCAGAAAAAGAACAUAUAGAACUUGAAGAUUCAGCUUUUGAACUUGAGGAACCAGAAAAAACAAUUGAAGAAGAGGAAGAAAAUAAGACUUCAUGGGAAAGAAUGCCAAAGAAAUCGGAACCUGAAGAAACUGAGGAGAGAAAACUGGUUAUAGGUAAGGGGAAGAUACCAAAAGUAGAAGAAGAGGUUGAACAGGUGACACUGAAGAAAAUUCCUCAGAAACCACAAGAGGUUGAUGAGACUGUUCCUAUUAAACCAAAGAAAAUUGAACCUCAAGACAUAAAAUUACCAGAGUCAAAAGAGGAAGUAUCUUUAGAGUUAGAACCUCUAAAGAAACCACAAGCACACAAAGAUAUACCAGAAGAAACACAAUUUCCACGGGUGGAGCCAGAAAAGCUUGAGGAGGAGAAACCGCAAGAAGAAAAAUUAAUAACUCCCAAACCUAAAGGAGAAAACCCAGAACCUGAAACAAUUAAGAUUCCACUGAAGAAAGGUGUACCUAAGAAACCAGUACCUGAAAAGGAGAAAGAUAUAACUCUCAGAAAAAAAAUGGGUGAACCUGAGGAAGGAAAGCCAGAAGAAAUAACUUUAAAACCAUUUACAAAAAAGAAACCAGAAAAUGAGCCAGAAGCAAAAGAGAUUGAAGCUGGGAAACCGAAACUAAUAGAGAAAUCAAAUGAUGAUGAAGAUAUUAAGCCUGUAUUACUGAAGCAUGAUGAAGUGCCUGAUCUUAUUCAGGAAAUAAAGAAAGCGGAGCCAGCAGAGGAAACGGUAGAAGAAAUGAAAGAAGUGAAACCAAGAAAGCCAACAAAGAAGGAAACAACCGAAAAUAUAGAGGAAAUAAAACCAGAUGUAGUAAAAGAGAAAGCUAGUGACGAAAUUACAUUUACAGAAGUAAAGCCCAAAGAACCAGAGAAACCAAGUGAAGAGAUAACAAUAACAAAAUUUAGAAAGCCGAAAGAACCCAUGCAGCAAGAGGAAUUUCAAGAAACUUCAAUCGCAAAGAAAGAGCCCGAAAAAACAAAGAAGGAAGAUGAAAUAAACGAGGAAGUAAUCCCAAAGAAGUCAGAGAAACCAAAGAAACCCAUGGUAGAGGAAGUGCUUGAAGAACUAAAAAUCAAGGAAAUAGAGCCAGAGAAACCGAAGGAGGAGGAGCAAGUGAGUGAAGAAAUCCCCAUAAAGAAGAUUAAGAAACCAAAGAAACCUGUGAUGGAUGAAGUAGCCGAAGAAAUCACAAUCAAGAAAAUAGAACCAGAAAAACCAACGGAAGGGGAGGUAGUUGGUGAAGAAAUCACUUUAAAGGAGAUUAAGAAACUAGAGGUACCUGUGGUGGAAGAAGUAGCCGAAGAAAUUACAGUCAAGAAAUUAGUACCAGAAAAACCAAAGGAAGCAGAGGAUGUGGGUGAAGAAGUCACUAUGAAGAAGAUUAAGAAACCAAAGGAAACUGUAGUGGAAAAGGUAGUCGAAGAAAUCACAAUCAAGAAAAUGGAACCAGAGAAACCAAAGGAAGAGGAGGAAGUGACUGAAGAAAUCCCAUUGAAGAAGGUUAAGAAAACAAAGAAAACUGUGGUGGAAGAAGUAGCCGAAGAAGUAAGUAUCAAGAAAAUGGAACCAGAGAAACCAAAGGAAGAGGAUGAAGUGACUGAAGAAAUCCAAUUGAAGAAGAUUAAGAAAUCGAAGAAACCUGUAGUUGAAGAAGUAAACGAAGAAAUCACUAUGAAGAAAGUAGAACCAGAAAAACCAAAGGAAGAGGAGGAAAUGAGUGAAGAAGUCACUAUGAAAAAGAUUAAGAAGCCGAAGGAAACUGUAGCGGAAGAAGUAGUCGAAGAAAUCAUAAUCAAGAAAAUGGAGCCAGAGAAACCAAAGGAAGAAGAGGAAGUGAGUGAAGAAGGAACACUGAAGAAGGUUAAGAAACCAGAGAAACCUGUGGUGGAAGAAGUAGCUGAAGAAAUUACAAUCAAGAAAAUAGAACCAGAAAAACCAAAGGAAGAGGAGGAAGUUGGUGAAGAAAUCAGUUUGAAGAAGGUUAAGAGACCAAAGAAACCUGUGGUAGAAGAAGUAGCCGAAGAAAUUACAGUCAAGAAAAUAGAACCAGAAAAACCAAAGGAAGAGGAGGAAGUUGGUGAAGAAAUCACUUUGAAGAAGGUUAAGAAACCAGAGGUACCUGUGGUGGAAGAAGUAGCCGAAGAAAUUACAGUCAAGAAAUUAGUACCAGAAAAACCAGAGGAAACGGAGGAUGUGGGUGAAGAAGCCACUUUGAAGAAGAUUAAGAAACCAAAGGAAACUGUAGUGGAAAAGGUAGUCGAAGAAAUCACAAUCAAGAAAAUGGAACCAGAGAAACCAAAGGAAGAGGAGGAAGUGAGUGAAGAAGUUACACUGAAGAAGGUUAAGAAACCAAAGAAACCUGUUGUGGAAGAAGUAGCUGAAGAAAUCACAAUCAAGAAACUAGUACCAGAGAAACCAAAGGAGGAAGAGGAAGUGAGUGAAGAAAUCGCUUUGAAGAAGAUUAAGAAACCAAAGAAACCUGUGGUGGAAGAAGUAGCUGAAGAACUUACAAUCAAGAAAGUAGAACCAGAAAAACCAAAGGAAGAGGAGGAAGUGAGUGAACAAAUCUCUUUGAAAAAGGUUAAGAAACCAAAGAAACCUGUUGUGGAAGAAGUAGCUGAAGAAAUCACAAUCAAGAAAAUGGAACCAGAGAAACCAAAGGAAGAGGAGGAAGUGAGUGAAGAAGUUACACUGAAGAAGGUUAAGAAACCAAAGAAACCUGUUGUGGAAGAAGUAGCUGAAGAAAUCACAAUCAAGAAACUAGUACCAGAGAAACCAAAGGAGGAAGAGGAAGUGAGUGAAGAAAUCGCUUUGAAGAAGAUUAAGAAACCAAAGAAACCUGUGGUGGAAGAAGUAGCUGAAGAAAUCACAAUUAAGAAACUAGUACCAGAAAAACCAAAGGAGGAAGAGGAAGCGAGUGAAGAAAUCACUUUAAAGAAGAUUAAGAAACCAAAGAAACCUGUGGUGGAAGAAGUAGCUGAAGAAAUCACAAUCAAGAAACUAGUACCAGAAAAAACAAAGGAGGAAGAGGAAGUAAGUGAAGAAAUCACUUUAAAGAAGGUUAAGAAACCAAAGAAACCUGUAGAGGAAGAAGUAGCUGAAGAAAUCACAAUCAAGAAACUAGUACCAGAAAAACCGAAGGAGGAAGAGGAAGUGAGUGAAGAAAUCACUUUAAAGAAGGUUAAGAAACCAAAGAAACCUGUAGUGGAAGAAGUAGCUGAAGAAAUCACAAUCAAGAAACUAGUGCCAGGAAAACCGAAGGAGGAAGAGGAAGUGAGUGAAGAAAUCACUUUGAAGAAGGUUAAGAAACCAAAGGCACCUGUGGUAGAAGAAAUAGGCGAGGAAAUCACAAUCAAGAAAAUAGAACCAGAAUCAGUGGAAGUAAGUGAAGUCACUGUCCCUGCUGAAGAUGUCACUGAAGAGUUCACCGUUAAACCAAGGAGGAAGGGUUCAAAGAAAGAAUCAGUAGAGGAAAUAUCGGAGGAAAUUACCUUGAGAAAGCUAAAGCCAAGAAAGAAACCUGUACCAGAAGUUCAAGAAGUUACAGAAGUAGAGAGUGUAACCAUAAUACCCAGUGUUACCAAAACCAAAGAAGAGAUCGAGCAAGAAUUUAAUAUCCAGCUUCAUACUUAUGAAGAAGAAGACAUCACAAUGUCAGGUAAAGUACGUCUUAAGAAGCAACGCCCAAAAACAUUUGCUGAAGAAACAGGGGAAGAAACGAUUAGAAUCACUCAAGAAAUAGAAGGAUCAGAAGAGGCCGAAAUUAUCGAAGAGCCUGAAGAGGAGGAAGAAGACACAAUACAGCUGCGACCUGACACAGUAUCAGAAGAUGUGGAGGAGAACUUUCAGGUGCAGCUGAAGCGAAAAACGUCACAGGAUGUGCAACAGACAUCUUAUUCAGUGCAAGAUAUGGAGGAGGAAGUACAGAUUGGCCUUAGGAAGAAGAAACCAGCGCCACUGGGCACAAUGUAUGAGGAGGAGUCGUUGGAGCUGAAGUUGAAACCCAAGCAGAAGCCAUCAAAAACCAUACAACAAGAAGCUGUCUGUCUUAGCAUAACCAAAGAAACUGAAGUUUUUGAAGAAGGUCUUAAGGAAGCAGUGGUAACAGAAUUACAAGAAGGCGACCUUUUCUUCUCAGUAACCUCCUAUGUGGCUGAAAAUGAAGAUUCCAUUAACCUCGUUGAAGGAGAACGUGUUUAUGUGCUAGAGCAACUUAACUCUGACUGGUGGUUUGUGAGGAAAUAUCUGACACAAGAAAAGGGUUUGGUACCAGCUCAUUUGCUCCAAGAUGAACCCAGCUAUACAGCCUAUGUACAAAAGAAAGUCCAUCAGAAGAUUGACAGAUUGCCAGUGUUUGAAAGACCAACAACAGGUGAGCAUAAAACUGCCCCGCGCUUUGUGCAGAAGUUGCAGCCCAAACACGCACAAGAUGGCACAACAUCGCAAUUUGAAUGCCAAGUUGAAGGAAAUCCAAGACCACAGAUCACAUGGUUCAAAGAAACUGCAGUUAUUCUUCCAUCGCAAGACUUUCAGUUAUAUUAUGAUGAAGAUAAUGUGGCUACACUCAUUAUCAGAGAGGUAUUCCCAGAAGAUGCUGGGAAGUUCACCUGUGUAGCAAAGAAUGCUGCUGGUUUUGCAUCCACUACCACAGAGCUAAUUGUAGAAGCUCCCCUAUCAGACCAUGGCUCUGACACGACGAUCUCUAUAUCAAGAAAGAGUCUUUCAAGGGAAUCUUCCCUUGCUGACAUUCUGGAAGGCAUUCCACCCAUGUUCUCACGAAAACCUAAAACUGUUUGUGUGGAUGAAGGCAAAGAUGUGGAACUUGAGAGUCGUCUGGUAGCUGUUCCUGAGCCCCAGGUGACAUGGUUCUGUAAUGGCAAGGAAAUAAAAACAUCUGGCAAUGUCACUGUGAUCUCUCAGUCAGACAUGCACAUGUAUACAAGUAUUGUGCGCAUUAAGAAGGUGAAGAAGAGCCAGGAGGGAAGUUAUGAGAUGGUUGCUAAGAACAGAGAGGGAGAAGCUGCUGUGCAGCUGACUGUGAAGGUGAAGAGUGGUGGGAAGGAACCUCCACAAAUCUUGGAGCCAUUAAAGAGCAUGAGUGUUGAAGAGGGUGAGACUGUGGUGCUGAGUACACAGGUUGUAGGUAACCCAACUCCAGAAGUAACGUGGCUUAAGAAUGGGAAACCAUUGACAGACCAGCCUACUCACCAAGAUGGUGAUACAUACACACUAAUGCUGCCGGAACCAACCCCACAGGACACAGCACAGUACACGGUCCAGGCUAAGAAUAGUGUUGGUUUUGCUGAGACUACUGCAACUGUUGUGGUUGAAGAGCUACCAUUCGAUAAAGCAGAACCUCCUCUAUUUCUGGAAAGGUUUGAAGAAGAGAAAGUUCCAGAGAAGGGAACAUUACGUUUAUUGGCAAGGGUGACUGGAAACCCUACCCCUAUAAUCACAUGGCUAAGAAACAACGAAGUCUUGAAACCAUCUGAUACAAUAGCACAAACAUUUGAUGGUGAAACAGCUGUGCUGGAGAUACGAAACGCAGAUUCUGAGGUAGAUGCUGGUGACUACAAGUGCUUGGCCAGCAAUCCAGUAGGCAAAGCAUCUCAUGGAGCAAGGGUCAUUGUGGAUGUUGAUAAAGUGACCUUUACAAAGAAUCUGAAGCAAAUUGUUCAAGUGCAGGAGCAAGAAACCUUGAGUCUAGAGUGUGAGACCUCACAUUCUGUUUCCACCAAAUGGUUUCAUAAUGGCAAAGAGAUAAGUGGCAUGGACUAUCGUGAAGUAAUCCAAGAAGGGCGACUGCAUAAGCUAGUCAUCAACAAAACUACUGCACGUGAUGCUGGAAUUUACAAGUGUACUGUCAAAAAUCAGACAACAGAAAGCAAAGUGACAGUUAAAGAGUUGAAACCAGACUUCAUAAAGAAACUGCAGGACUUGGAAGUUAAAGAACGACAGAGUGCCAUUUUAGAGGUUGAAAUAUCUUCUGAAACUGCAGAUGUCACUUGGCAUAAGGAUGGUGAGCAGAUCCAGGAAACACCUGACAAGUUUGUGUUUGAGAAGGAAGGCAGUGUGCGGAAGUUGUUGAUUAGAGGCACCUCUGUUCAUGAUGAAGGAGAGUACACCUGUGCUCUCGGAGAACAGGAAUGUACAGCUGAGGUCACAGUUGUAGAACUUCCUCCUGAAAUUAUUACGAAGAUGCAAGAUGUGACAAUUGCAAAGGGUGAGAGAGCCACAUUUGAAAUAGAACUGACCAAGGGAGAUGCUCUUGUGCGAUGGUUCAAAGAUGACAAGGAGCUCCAGUUCUCAGAACACAUCCAGUUGUCUAUUGAUGGCAAGAGACAAAAGCUCAAAAUAUAUAAUUCAGAACUUGAAGAUUCUGGUGUGUACUCUUGUCAAGUUGGUGAACAAACAUCCUCAGCUAGACUGAAAGUUGAAGAACCUGUGGUAGAUUUCAUCACAAGACUACCAGAUGUGACACUGAUACCACUCUACACAGAUGCAACUUUUACUGUUGAACUGUCAAGACCAAAUGUUGAAGUAAAGUGGUUAAAGAAGGGAAAAGUGUUGAAGGAGUCUGAAAGACACAUCAUUACAGCUGAAGGCACAAUACGAAGACUAAUAAUAAAGAAGGCAGGUCUUGAAGACCAAACUGACUAUGCUUGUGUAGCUGUGAAUGUGAAGACAAGCUCAAAACUGAAAGUUGAAAUUAUUGAAACUGCGCCCAAAAUAAACCUUGACAUUCUUCAGAGAGAGUAUAAGGCGAAAAAGGGCGAAGAUAUAACUAUUGAAGUGAAAUAUUCCUCCAUGCCUAAACCAAAUGAUGACUGGUUCAUCAAUGGUAGACUCGUGAAGAAGUCCCAGCGGGUAACUCAAACGUUAACUGAGACAACAGCAAGUUUAACAAUUAGAAAAGUAGAAGAGGAAGAUGUUGGUAACUACAAAAUUAAACUUUCAAACAACUGUGGAGAAGCAUCAGCAGAGCUUACACUUAUCCUAAUGGAAGUUCCAUCUCAACCUGGCAUGCCAGAAGUAAUUGAGGUCACAGAUAACACCAUAACACUGUAUUGGAAAGCCCCAGAAUCCGAUGGAAAUUCACCAAUUAAAAAUUACAUCUUGGAGUAUCAUGACAAGAGUGAUUUCACGUGGAUUAAGGUAAAUGAAGACUUCAGUAUAGUGGAAACAACUCACAAGGUAAUAAAUUUGCUACAUAAUGUGGAGUAUAUGUUCAGAGUAACUGCAGUGAAUGAGGUGGGCCCAAGUCCUCCAUCUCACAACACUCGAUACAUCAAAAUCUCAGCACCCGCUGCUGCAGAACCUCCAACAAUUCAAGAACCACUCAAGAAUGUUGUGAUUGGUCUUAAACAGACUGUUACACUGUCAUGUGUAAUUGGAGGCGUUCCAGAACCUGAAAUCAAAUGGCUUAAAGACGGCAAAGCAUUCAAGAGCAAGAGCAUGACAUAUGAGCAUCGUGUAGCUAAGUAUGUCAUCAUUGACACCACUGAAAAAUCAGCAGGCACGUAUUCCUGUCAAGCAAGAAACGAUGCUGGUACAGCUGAAACGUCAUGCCAAUUGAAUAUUCAAGAACUUCCUAAACUUGAGGUAGAUGAUAGUGUAGUAUCACAAAAGCUGCGUGUAACAAGCCAGUGGAAGAUUAAUGUGAAGUAUUCAGGAUAUCCUAAGCCUGAAGUGUUCUGGAAAAAGAAUGGCAAUGACUUACCAUCCACAAAGCAUUGUGACAUCUACACAGAAGAAAAUUUAACAACUAUUGCCAUCUAUUCUCUGACUAGGGAAGACUCAGGGACUUACACUGUCACUGCAAAGAAUGAAGCAGGUUCCGUCAGUGUGGAUCUCAGCCUGCGUGUUAUAGAUGAUACUGGUCGCAGAAGUAAAACGGUGUCUCCAACUAAGGAACUGAUCGAUAAACCCAGUAAACCUGAAGGUCCAAUAGUUGUGAAGGACAUACGUAAAGAGUCAGUAACCAUUGAAUGGAAACCUCCUGCUGAUGAUGGUGGCCUUGAGCUGUCAAAGUAUUCUGUUGAAAAAUGUGAUGUUGAAAAGAUGGUGUGGAUGAAGGUUGCUGAUGUUGAGAAAGAUGUAUCUUCAUACUGUGUGCAACGCUUGCGUGAAGACUCAGAAUACAUGUUCCGCGUGAUUGCUGAGAAUCCUGUCGGAAUGUCUGAAGCAUUGGAGAGUGAAACAGUUACAGUUCGCAGCAAGUUUGACAAACCAUCACCACCACGUGGGCCAUUUGAUGUAUCUGGUAUGUCUGACACUUCCUUCACACUGGCCUGGCAAUCCCCAGAGACUGAUGGUGGAUCUCCCAUUCUUGAUUAUAUUGUGGAGAGAAGGGAAGUUAACAAGAAAGCUUGGCAGAAGGUGGGCGUCACAACAGCAGAAGAAACUGCCAUUGAAGUGACAGGACUGAAAGCUAGCACUUCAUAUCAUUUCCGAGUCACUGCAAGAAAUGACAUUGGUCAGAGUCUUCCUUAUGCCCCUGAAGAGCCAAUCACAGCUGGCAAAAGAAUAAGUUCCCCUUCAGCUCCAACAAAUUUAUCGGUAGCUGAUAUCACAAGCAAAAGUGUAACACUCCAGUGGGGUCCUCCACUGACUACAGGAGGAACAGAGCUUACAGGUUAUGUUAUUGAGAUGAGACUGCCCUCAGAGAAGACAUGGACAAAGGUGGUUACAUUAGAACCAUCUGUCACUCAACACUGCAUUGAGAACUUGAAAGAAAAAUCCAAGUUAUUCUUCCGGGUAUAUGCUGAGAAUUCCAUUGGACUGAGUCCACCAGCUAGUACAGAAAUUGUUAGCCUCAAAACACAUGCCACACCUCCAUCACCUCCAACUGCUCCACUGGAGAUCCGUAUCGUUGGUCCUAAUUCCAUCAUAAUUGAGUGGGGAAAACCUGAAACAGAUGGAGGAGCACCUCUUGAAAGCUACACCAUUGCUAUACGAGAUAUAAAGAAGACUAUGUGGAUAGAAGUUGGUCGAGUAAAAGCAGACAUACAGAAACUUAAUAUAAAAGAUCUACAAGAAAAUCAUGAGUAUCUCAUAAGAAUAUUUGCCCGAAAUGAAGUUGGACUCAGUGACCCGCUUGAAUCAGAGGAACCAUUCAAAGUCUUGCGUCCUACUGAAAUUGAGUUUCUGGAAAUUGAUAAGGCAGAGACAACUGCUCCCACACUCAGCUUCAGCACAGAAACCACAACAUCAUGGAUGAAAGAAGCUGGAAUGGAUGCUGAUAUCCGUUCAUAUGCACGGGGUUCUCUGCUCAGAAGAGAUGAAUACUUCUUCCGCAUCUGGUAUUACGCUCGACAGCUCUUCAAGUAGAACUGAACUACAAGAAUAAUUUAUACUGUCACAUCUGUCAUUACUGUUCCAUAAAAUGUUCAAUAAUUUUUACAGGCUUCAAAAUUGAAUAAGUAGAAUAAGAAACUGUAUUUGUAUUAUUGUAUUAUGUGUAUCUUGUAAACAAUUUUCAGUUUCAGUCAUCUGAAAUUGUAAGAGAAACUCAGGAAUAUUUAAAUUAUUGUCUUUGAAGAUAUAUAUUUCUAGUUUUGUCAAGACAUAAUGCUGGUAUAACAGAUUGACAGAUUGUAUAAAUUAAUGUACCUGAAAAAUGCAUUAAUUCCUAAUGCUUCUCUGGAGCAGGGAUACAUUUUGUAGUGAUCACACAUGACAGGCUCUUUUUCAGACAUUUCUUUGACUUAACUGUGUCAUUCCUGGGAAAAGCAAAGUUAAAGAGUGACUUGACAAAGAGACUUUCAUCAUCAGCAAGACAAGACAAAGAAUCUACUCCACAAACACUUCAGUUUAUGUAUAAGGACCAAACUUGUUAUACAGUAUUGUUGAAUUACCACUUCUCCCCAUUAUGUGUACAUAAUAAGAGAUGUAGAGAAAUGUUGAGUACUUUAAUCUUGUAAUGCACCCAAGAUAUACAUUAUUCUUAAAGUAGUUAAAGUGACUGUCCAUAUUAAUGUGGACUAGAUUAUGUUAAUUGUCUGUACCACCCGUUCUGUUGUUAUAAAACAACUGUAGCUGCUGAUAUUUUAUGGAAUCUGGAAUUUCCAGUCAUAAGUCUAUUUCUAUGAUGAUGACAACCUAUUACAGAGUCCCACAGUUGAUGUAUACUGAUGAGGAUGUAAAAUCGAAUGUGCAAAAUAUUUUAUUCUAUGUAUAGAAUGCUGUGAUAUAAUUUUAUGAUUUCUCUUGUAGCUUAAGGGUGUAUGUAUAAUUUUGCAUGCUUCAUUCCUUCCGAUUGAUACAUGAAACCAAUAUAAUUUAUUACUUAAAGAUGCUGAUGUGCUACCUGGUAUUUGUUUAUUUUCUUUAUAAUCAGCAAUAGUUGGGUUUCUUUUUUUUUGUUUUUUUUUUUUCAAUCCUAUAGUUGUGGCAUUUGAUCUGACUGCAUGUAAAAGAGUAUAUGUUGUUCACCACAUUUCUACUCUUAUUUCAGGAAUGGAGACGUAAUAUAGGUGCAUUUUUACAGCCUGAAAACAGAGAAGAAAUCUGGUGAUCAAAGUCAAAAGAAUGAUAAAUAAAAUUACCUGUAUACUAUAAAUAUAA